GGCGGCUGCUGGGUGACCUCUGUGCUGAGCUCGCUGAGCCCACUUACAGCACUGCCAGCCGGACACUCAUUCACUCUGUAGGCUCUGCUCACAGUACUAAUGGUCAGUGAAAUAGAGGCACAGGCGGCCGGGGUCUCCACGAAUGCAGAAACAAACAAGGAAAGAGCAAUGGACAGCACAGGACAGGGUGAGAAAAUAGACACGUUUAUACUUUGUAUGUUAAACUUCUUCUUCUGUACAUACAUGUACAAUGCAAUCUCUGUGUGUACUUUAUGGGAACACCACUGUGUCUCCCCGGUUGUCACUGUGUUAUGUAUAAGUGUGUUACAAUAGUUAUAUAACUGCUGUACUAAGUGUUUAACCAUUAGCGUGCCAGCUGGGGGUGUUCUCACAUACUUCUAGUACUUUAAAUCCCAUGCUAUGUGAAUGUGAUGCAUUUCAUCUCAGAAGUCAAAAUAUUAAAUUAAAUAUAUAGCACAAAAGGAAUCCCUGCUAGCUUGUAAAUAUCUGUUGUUAUAAUAUAAUAUUGUUGUGAUUAAUAUUCUGUGUACUAUCCUAGUCCAUUGGUGUAGAAUGUAUACAGUUGCUAAGUCUGCUCCUGAAUUCCAUAUCAAGUUCUUGUGGUCAGUUAACGUGUGUGAAGGUCACCUUUAAACUAGUACCCUGACACCCAUCACAGCCUGGACUCAGAUAGGAUUUUGGUCCAAAUGAAUAGCAUCAUUAUUACAGCCAUUCAUAGAAAAAUUAAAAGUAACAUCUCUGCCAGCAGUUAUUGUAUUAAGAAACAGAUACAUAUAUGGUUUCUGUUUUACACUUUGUAAAUAAUAAAACUGCUUUUAGACUUUAACAAAUAAAAAAUAAAGUUUAUCUGCAAUUUUAAAAUGACCUGUAUUUAAAAAAAAAUAUUUUGAAUUAAAAGCAGCAUGUCAACAGUGUGCCUUUAAGAUACAUGCACUGUACGUCUACAUUUUGUUUGUGUGUGUAUACAUAAUAUUUAUUUAUCAUUAUUAUUUUGUAUACCAGUGAUUUGCAGCCAGAGUAUGGAUGCUUCCAGUUUCUUACCAAUUUCCCAACUAAUUAAACCUGAAUAUAAAGUUAUCAGUACUACACAGUAAACCCUGAAUCCCAGAUGAGAUGCAUAUUGCAUUGCUGGCCUUUCUGGUACUGAACCAGUUACACUGUGAUAGAUGCAUACACUUUUUUUUAAUAUAAACAAGGCAGUUACUUUUAACAACCAUAACAGCCAGCUUUGGAAGUGUUGUCAUGUAUGCAAACUCACGCAGCCCUGUAAGAUUCCCACCACUCAUCACUUGUAAUCCCUCUCUCUCUAUCAUCAUCUCUCUUUAGGACAUUAUACACUUAAAGGGGGACACACCAUAAGCGUCAUAAUCAAUUUAGCUUAUUCUAGUGCAGUCAUAGGCAACCUUCAGCACUCCAGAUGUUUUGGACUACACCUUCCAUGAUGCUUUGCCAGCAUUAUGGGUGUAAGAGCAUUAUGGGGAUGUAGUCCACAACAUCUGGAGUCCCGAAGGUUGCCUAUCCCUGUAAAUAGUAAAGUGGUUAUGGUGCAAGGCCCCUAUGAGUGGAGGAUUUCCCCAACAACCAAAGCACACCUCCGCAGCAUUUUGGGAGGCUUUGCCCUUCUCACUAUAUGUCUAAAAUAUUUGUACAGGUAAGUGCGAUUCAGCCACAGUGAAUUGGUGUUAACCUUUUUUUAGUGCAGACAAAUUAACACAGGUGAUUCCUAAAAUAUCUGCGUGUGUCAACUUGGCAGCUUUGAAAUUAUUAUUGGCUAAGCUCACAAGUUGUCAUUAUCAGUAUUAGUUUCAUCCAACCUGGAUGGCAGUUAUUGGCUCAAAGGCUGGGACAUUGACACCCUAUCAAUGUCAUCCAGGUUGGUUAAAAUUGACAGUGAUGAUGUGAAGAAUGCCCAUUGAAAUCCUAUAGGUACCACAUUCUACUCCUUUUGUGUCUAAUUUUGGGUAAGGGGACUAUAUAAAUUAUGAGGAUGGUAAAACUUCCUUUUGUGACAUCACAGGCUGAGGGUUUUGACUUUGAGUGCUGAAGAAUCCCAAGUAUUUGUCAAACAGCUUGUCCUUGCAUCAUAAACAUUCUAGUAAACUGCAGUGCUUUUUUUGUAUGGCAUAGAGUGUCUCUAUAAAUUUUAAACAUUAUUUAUUUCAUGAAAUAAGAUGCAUGUCUAUUAUUUUAUUUAUUUUCUCCUCAAAAUGCACUGGUUUAAAACCGGUCAUACAAUUCCCAUAAAUAUUCAAAAAUAAAGUUUACUUGCAUGAUAUUUUAUAAUAUGUUUAGUUUUUUCAUUUGCAAUUCUUUUUGAUACAUUGUGAUGGUAAUUCAGAAAAUAGCACUCAAAUUUACAGGGAAUUGCAAUGUGAAUAUGAUCAUGGGGCGUAAAAGGCAACUGGGUGUACACAGAAAGGUAAGUUAAACCAAUAAAUAAAUUAGAUGAAAAGUCCAAGACACUCUUACAUCAGAAUCAGGAGAGAGAGGUAAAAAGUUCUUUCCCUGUAUUCGUUUCAUCUUCUGAUCUCUGCCAUCGGCAAAUCUGUAAAAAUUACAAAAAUAGACAUAUAAUCUAAAAUUGCAAGUGAAUGCAAGUCGCCGCCAGAUUCUUCUCACUUGCACAAGUGGUUCUCAUUAAUGGUUUUUGGGUUUAUAUUUAUUGCUUAUAUGAAUGUAGCUUGUCAUUCUUUUUUCAUGUAAUAUUUCUGUUUAUUUAAAGAACACUGGCGUUUCAAACACAAACAUGUAUCCUAAUGGCAGAGUUAGAUUAAUGGUCUUUCCUUAAGUAAAAUAAAAAGUUAAAAGUAUCUUUAGUCCCCUGACUGUCGCUCCUCCACUGGCUGAGAUCAUUAUUACAGAUGACCUCAGCCAAUCCAAUGCUUCCCCAUAGGUAAGCAUUGGGAGGCUUGUGCGCAUGCUUGGCAAUUGACGCACUGCACCAGUCAGCAUCUCUUCAUAGAAGUACAUUGGCUCAAUGCAUCUUGGGGUGAGGGGGGAGGGAUUAGUGCAAGACAUAAAGCUAAUAGUAAUGAGUAAAUGCAACAAGUAUAUAUAUCACAUGGUAGCAAAUAUCCAAGAGUCAUUUAUCACACUUAAAGGCCCACUUACUAACCAUUGAGCUGAAAGGAUGAUCUCAACAAGAGGUGUACAGGCUUCAGGAACAAUCAGAUAUGCUGCAGGCUAUGUGAAACAAUAUUCAUUCUUUUUUCUGAAAAUUUCUUGAUCAUACAUGCAUCUUACGUAGUACAUGCAUACAAACUCAGCAUACUUGAAUUUAAUUAAAUUAUCUCUAGGGGUCUACAGAAAAGAUAGGAUUAGGGCCUACUAGGGAAAGCAUAAAAGAUGAAUCAUAUACAGAGGUGUUUUACAUUGGAUUAGCCAAAUUGUUAGCAAAUGUAUGGAUGCAAUGUUUUUUCUUGUUUUAUAGAUCUUCUCAGUCUGUGCCAUUGGUAUAGCAUCAUAGAUUGGUGGUGUCCAUGGCCUUCACACAUAGUUUUAAGUCCAUGUUUGAAAACAAAAUUUCCACCAACAUGUCUAACUUGUACCCACUUGCCAAUUAAUCAUAGUAUAUUGCAUUAUAUUUCCUGAUUCCAGAUUACAGGAGGUGAAAGGUGUCUUCAAGUAUGUGUUAUACAUUUGCUUGCAAUUUUGCUAAUGUAUAUAUUGAAUCAAUACAUACUUAUACUUCAGGUAAACUGGUAAUCCAUACUAUUAGUGGUUGCCAGAAUCACAUUAAACAAAAAGAAGUUUAUCUGUGUCUAUGGAAAUCAUGGCAAGAUCUAAGAAAUGAAUGACUCCUAUAAUAAAUUACAAUCCAUGCUGUCUGAUUUGUGAGUUUUUAGAAUGUAAGCCAUUAAAUACAGAAUAAUAAUUGAUAGAAAUUACAUGCUUUCCAAAUGUCCCUAUUUAAGAGGGACAGUCCCUAUUUUGGGCCCAUAUCCCUCUGUCCAUCUUUACCAUCCUAAUGUCCCUUAUUUCUAGGAAUUUUAUAUUGUUGGCAAUAAUUCUACCAGUACAUGUAGUUAAACUACAAAAAAAUUUGUUUAAAUGUCAGUGUGUGUAAAUAGGAUACAUCAUUCUUAUUCUAAAUGGCAUCUUAGUUCCAUAAAUUGUAAUUGGUAAAGGGAUACUAUACGUACCCAGACCACUUAAUCUCAUUGAAAUCCGUUUUUAACCUUUUAUUUGCCAGUAGGGGCAGAGGGACACUGUAGUGUUAGGAAUGCAGUUUUAAUUCUAACACUAUAGCGUGCAUUAAUUUACCUAAAUUUUUUCAGAACAGCUGUGCCCCUGGCCACAUCCUAACAAACACCCGUACAAUUAAAGUGUUCCUCUUUGUCCAUUUGAAAUGUUGGGGGGUAUGAACUUAUACAAAAUAAUUCCAUGAAAUGUUAAUCUACAUUAAGCAGUUUACAAUGGAUAUAACACAACACUGACACAUUCAGCAUUUUAUGCUGGUUUUCCAAAGGAUUUUUCCUGCCUCCGAAGAAUGCAGAUUAUAUAUUUGCGUUUAAAAUUUAGCUUAUUUUUCUUUACUAAUAUGUAAGCCACAAACGCUAGUACUUCCUAAUACUGGACUCUUAAAGGACCACUCCAAAAAGCUUGCUGAAAUGCUUUAGGGGUUAACAUCGCCACCUCUUUCCUUCUCACUUUAUAUUAGUGCCAAUAUUGUACCAUAAACUGAUUUUAUAAGAUCUUUGCAGCAUAAAUGUAUAAAUGUGUACAUGAAAGAUAUUUAACAUAUGUUUACUAAUGUUGUUCCAAAAAGUGUGAAUCUAAAGGAACACUCCAUGCACCAUAUCCGCUACAGCAUGUGUCAUCAAGACUCUCUCAGCAAGUGAGAAGGGUCCUCUGUAGAGCUAAGUGGAUUCUCCUGAAGGACAAUACUGGAACUAGUGACAGUGUCUGAACAUUCCUGGUGCCACAACUGCUAAGGCAGGCAGUAGUGGUUAUGGUGCUUAGAAUAUUUCUUUAAUUGACAGUAAACUAUUAUGUGUUUAUAUUCUGACUUGAAUUUUAGUUUUUCUCUAAUUAAAUUUGUAUGGUAUGUUUUCUUUUAUCCUGAGUCUCACAGCCCUGCCACUGCCUAUAUUUCCAAUAUGCAGCGUGCCUAUCAAACCACAUUACUAUACAUAAAUAUUUCUCCCCAAAAGAAAAUUAAAGUAGAAUGUCUCUGGAAAAGUCAUCAUUCCCUCACAACUUCUCUCAUUCCCUUACCCUAGUAAACGCUACAAGAUUGGGGUGAAUAGUGAAGCAGAGGAUCGUAGAAAAAAAUGCACUUACCACUGCUGAAAAUUACCACUCCAUAAUGCUCUACGCAUGCUCUUAUGCAUCAACAGAGAAAUGCCUUACUCAUUUAGAAAUUCCUUACAGGGUUUUAACUAAAUUACAGAGCAUGUAGUGUAAACUGUCAAAUAAACAUCAGAGAAUAUUAUAAAAAAGAAGAAACACACACAUACACACACACGAAUCACAAACCUGUUUUUAGUUUUUUAGUUAGCUUUUAGGUUGUUGGGUUUUUUUUUAUUAAAGAAACAAGUAAAUCUUACCUUAAGUAUACAAUUUUGACUGGCCACAGGCCAAAGUCACUCACUGUAGCCCAGGGGUGCCCAAAAGGUAGAUCCCCAGAUGUUGUAGAACUACAACUCCCAUGAUUAUUUGAAUGCCUUUAGAAUGUUUUUAGGAUGACAAAAUGAUCAUGGGAGUUGUAGUUUUUAAACAUCUGGGUAUCUACCUAUUAGGCACCCGUGCUGUAGCCCCUAAAACAUUUGUAGCCCCUAAUUUUUGAGUGAAGUAUAUGGAACUUUGUCUAUGUUAUUCUCUGACUCCUAUAAAUAUCACAGACAACUCCUACAUUUAUCUAGCUCAGCCCUACAAAUAAUUGUUAACCUUGGCGUUAGCACUUUAUCACUGACAAAGUAAACUAUCUGUCCUUUCCUAUUUUUGAAUAAUUUACAAAUAGUAUUCCCCUUUAACACUGAAAAAUGACAUUCAAGCAGAUGUGUAAGAUAAGAAACCUUGAACAGCUGUCAUCCUGCUCAAGCUUUAACUAGAAAGCAGAGACAAGUCUGAAUGUGUAAAAACAUUAUCCCGAGCCUGAAACUCUCAUUGCCGUGUGCAUUGUAUCGAUUUCACUGUGUAAAGGUAGCCAAACAUAUACCUGCCGUGUGCGUUAAAUAGAUUUUACAAUGUAAAGAUAGCCAAACACAUGUCUGCAAACAUUCAUAUUGAGGACAGGAUAGGUAUUGUAGAUAAGUGGUUCUUAACCUAUCCGUCAAAGUCUGGGUCUGAAAAUCGUGUUGCCUUUUGUUUGUGUUUCUAUCCUGCCAUAUAUCUUCAAAAACCCAUACACAGGGAUGGGAAGAUCUUUACAUCAAUGGCUAUUAACCCCUGGAUCAUGUUCUGAAUUUAUUGCGUGCAGUUGCCAUUGCCAUGUGUUCAUAUUAAUGCUUUUUAAGCUAGCCAGACAAAUAUCUGCAAAAACCCAUAUAUUUGAUACUCUAGAUCAUGUCGUUUUUAACACCUCGGUUGAGACCUACAUUUGAGUGCCCAUGCCAUUUCAGUGGGUCCUCCGCUGGUUAGAUCAUGCUCAUCAGAAAGUAUUUGGGUGUCCUGGAAAGUAAUGUUUAAGUGUAUUUUUGCUGUGUCUGGCAGUGCAUAUCCUUAUGAAUCUGUGAGUGAAUAUAUCUGUUUGUAUAUUAAUUCAUGACUGCACAUGGAAUGCAUAUCUGUGUCUGUGAGCAUAUGUGUGUGGCAGAGCUGCUUGUAGUGUGUUGUUUGUAUAGGGUUGGCUGAUUGUUGUGUUGAUGUGUGUCUAUGGCCAGGCUGUAGUUUUUGUGAUGGGAGCAUGAUCCUUAGAGGGUUACUCAAAGCACCUCUAUAGUUUGUAUUGUUUCACGACAAAAGUAUAUGGAACUCCAUAGACCAGAAUUAGAAGCUACUGAAUAAUGCAUGUUCCUUCUGGUCUGGGAGGGGGCUUUCUGAAGCUAACAGCAGUUUCAGGAUCUGUGACGGUAGGUAUAUUUUAUAUUUUCAUUUGUUGCAAUUUCUUCUUUUUUUUUUGUUGUUGUUGCUUAUUUUAAAUAUAUUAAAGCAAUACAUUUUAUUACAUUUAAUUCAUAUAUUAUCAGCACAAUGCAUUAAAGAAUAAACGGUGAGUUUUGUUGACUGUGGUUUGUUUCCCUUUAAAUCCUUGGUCACUGCAAGAAGUGAAAUAAUGCAAAUUAUGUAGUAAAAAGAAAUCAAUGUAUGACAGCUACACCUGAAUAGAAAAUACUGUUUGAAAUAGUGUCUGAGAAUCAUGUAAAAAUUAAAUAUUUAUAUAUCUUAUUUUACUAAAAAAAAAACUAUACGAUGCUAACUCUAUGCUUAUUUGGAUUUGCUUGAACCUGUAAAGUGUAUUUCCAUAUAUAUAUAUUCAUCUAUAUCAGCAACAGGUUAUUAGUUUGGAAUUUGUGAAACUUCAUAUUUCAAGGCAUCUGUCUAGAAAAGCUCUGUAUCUGCAAAAUAUAUUGCUAUAGGGCUUAAUAUGCAAGCGCUGCAGUCUGACCAUACUGGUAAAAUAUUUGCCCCAGGGGAAUAAGCAUGGAAUGUCUCAAAGUUUUUGCUAACGUGUAUCUCUCCCGAUAUUUAAUGGUGGGGGUCACCAAUCAGUCAUGACAGUAGCAGACUACCCUAUACGAAAAAAUAAUUGAAUAAAACAUAUUAAUAUUGAAAACUAAGAAAUAUUUCUAUGCUGACCUUGACACUGUAUGUUCAAAAGUUAAUUGACAGUCACCUGGAAGUUACUGGAAGACACAGUUUUCUAAACUGGCCUGUUUUGUUGCUAUAGCUGUAUAUUGUAUGCUCAGAGUCAGAGCAUAGUUCAGGGAUAGGCCACAUUCGGAAUGCCAGAUGUUACGGACUACAUCUCCCCUGAUGCUUUGCCAGCAUUGUGACUAUAAGAGCACUGUGGAAGAUGUAGUCCACAACAUCUGAAGUGCCAAAAGUUGUCUACAGUUGGCAUAGUGUUUAGCGUCUUGAAUGGCUAUGAAUUGGUUCAAAAUAUGAAACUGUCAAUGCCCCCUAAUCUCACUAAUGUACAUUAUGUAGAUAGAAACACCAACAAAAAUACAGGUACUAGGACGAGAUAUAUUGAGUACCUCUCUCACAAAAGUGACAGGUAGUGGCAGCUUAUUUCUGAUAUUAUUGGAGUUUCCCAUGUUGCCUCGCAGCUCAUGCAUAUGUUCAAAGUUGUUGCAAAUCAUUCAGAGGUUUCUAGCUGUAUAAUUAAUGUGAAUAAGUUGCCUCAUUUGGUAGAGUUUACGUUUUAAAUGAAUACAUAAUCUUUUGGUUAUCUUAUCUGUACAGGAUAAGAAUGCCCCUCUCCCAAAGUACUACUGUAAGGUGCAGUGAUCAAUUGAAUUUGCAUUAAAAAAAAGACAGAAAAGACAAGCAUUUCAUUAUGGCCAACUAAGAAAAUGCAGUGACAUAGAUUUAUCAAUUUAGAGAAUUUAUGUUAAGCAUGAUGAAGUGAUUGAUUGCUGAUGCAUAAUAUGGACAAAAAUAUACCCAGCACUGUGGAUAUUUAUUUCUAAAAUAUUUUAUCAGGAAGGAUACAUUGAGAUUUCUCUCAUUUUCAAGUAUGUCCUGGGUCUACAAAACAUUGCAUUGAUUCAACAAGUACAAUAAAAUACAAAGACAAUAUUAAUACACAACACAUAUACAAAAUUUAACAACAAAAAAAAGUUACACAAGAUUUACCAAGUGUAUGACCUAUGGUGGCUGAAUGAAUAUUCCCUCAGAUCACUAGACCACUCUCUGCAGAAGAGGGAACAUUAAAGAUUUAAAUUUUUAUGGCUAGAAUAUAAAAGGUAUUUGUAAACAUGACAAUAUUUGUAAAGCAGGAAGCUGAGUCUCUUCUUCUGCAUAAACUUAUUUGAGAAACAAGAAAAAGAAUAAAACUCGAAUUAUGGAAGAGGAUUUGGAUACAAAAGCACUGAUUUUAAUCUAGACACAAAAUUCAUCUGUACCAUUGCUGAAGAUUCAUUUGGCCCAACCAAAUUACAAUCGGAUUUGGCUUUAGUAAAUAUGAGAAUUCAGCCAUUUUUUAAACCGGAUUUUGUGUACCUGGGCAAAAUCUGUUGUUUAGUGAAUAACUCUCUAUAUGUUUGAGUAGAGGUGACAGAGUGAUCACUUGGAGCCUUGGAUGAUUAUUGUUUAAGGACUUUGAGGUAGGUCUGCUGCCAUUCCACUAGUUCCACAUUAAAGGACCACUAUAGUGCCAGGAAAACAUACUCGUUUUCCUGGCACUAUAGUGCCCUGAGGGUGUCCCCAUCCUCAGGGUCCCCCUCCCAUCCGGCUCUGGGGAGAGGAAAGGGGUUAAAACUUACCUUUUCUCCAGCGCUUGGCGGGAGCUCUCCUCCUCCCCUUCGGCUAAAUGCGCACGCGCGGCAGGAGCUGCGCGCGCAUUCAGCCGGUCUCAUAGGAAAGCAUUGUAAAUGGACGCUUGCGUGUUCUCACUGUGAUUUUCACAGUGAGAAGCACGCAAGCGCCUCUAGCGGCUGUCAAUGAGACAGCCACUAGAGGAGUUGGAGGCUGGAUUAACCCUAUUAUAAACAUAGCAGUUUCUCUAAAACUGCUAUGUUUAUAAAAAAAAUGGGUUAACCCUAGCUGAACCUGGCACCCAGACCACUUCAUUAAACUGAACUGGUCUGGGUGCCUAGAGUGGUCCUUUAAAUGGCGGUGUCCUUCUGAUUCACCUUAUACUGUUUUCCUUAAAGUUUAAUGAAAAUGCUAUGUUUGUGCCUAAGCAGACGUAUAUGUCACUUGUCAUCUCUGAUGUCAAUGUCUUUACAGCUACCACCAGUGAAACUGAUGAAAAUGCAGUAAGCAAAGUAACUGCUGAAGAUGAGCAAAGCUGUCAAGAUGUGUUUGAUGUGAAGAUUCAGUUGCCUGGAGGAGAUAUUGUUGACAUGCAGGUGAAAUAUUAUCUGUUGUACCCUAUGAGUUUUCUUUUUUUUUUUUUUUUAAAGACUGUUUAGCUCUGCAACUACACUCAUUUGGGCUUUAUAUUAUGUAAUAAUUAGAAUGUAUUUUUAAGUUAUAGAUAAAACAAAUAGUGAUGUCCCGAACCGUUCGGGACAUCACUAAAAACAAAAUGUUAUUAUAUUUUUCAUUAAUAAUGCCAUACUUAAAUAAUAUGUCAAAAGAAUGGCUGUCAGUAAUUUUUUACACAUCUGUUGUUACAUUCUACUUUUUUACAGUUAUUCAUCCUUUAUCUGAGAGAGAUUAAAGGUUAUGAUUUAGACCGAUGACUUUUUCAUUUUUCGUGAACAGUUGUAUCCAUUUUUAAAAUCCCUGUCAUCUUGUUGUAUAAUAUGUCUUGGUGUGCUAUAUUUGUUUUGUGGCAUCUCCCCGUUCUGAAAGAAGCACAUUUUAAAGAUACUAAGGUACUAUGCACCAUAACUACUGCAGCCCACUGUAGUGGUACCAGGAGUUCCCUGGCACAGUCGUACGCUGGAAAACUCAAACUGUUUUCACAUAUAUUGCUUAAAUAAAGUUAACUUUUUCAUCAGUUUUGUACAACUUUGGAUAGAAUUCAUUAGCUCGGCAGUGGGAGCUGACACACUAAUUAAUUUCAUCCAAAGACGGACUGUAUUGAUAUCAUUGAUGUUAAGAAGGAUCUUACAGCAAUAUCUGUGAAAGCAGUUGGACUCUCUGCAGUGGGAUAGAGCCAGGGCUCUCCGGGCACCAUAUCCACUAUAAUGGGUUGUAGUGGUUAUGGUGAUGGCAGUGCCCUUAUAAAAAUUUAAGGGAUCAUUUGUAGCCAUUUAUACUUGUUCAAACAAUUACUUGGAAUUGUAACAAUACGUAGAAAAAUUAUAACAAAGCAGAAAAGAUAAUUUAACAACUGAGAAGCAUAAUAGCAUUGUCAACCUUUUUUUUUCUUUUAAGAAGAUAAUUUGGUUUUGUAUCCAGAAAAACACAAAACAAUAGAAAAAAAGAAAUAGAAACAAAGUAGAGACAUGGAGGAUAUAUGGAUCUUUAAGAAUAUGGGAUGUUGUAUACAUAAAUAAGGAAUUUGCGUGGUUUUUACUCCAAUCUUUUUAUUUAUCUUAAAGUCCUGCCAAGUUACAGUUCCCUCGACAAAUGUCAAUAGACCAUUUGGUUAUCACAACAUAUCUCUACAAAGAAUACAUGUGAGAAGUUAUUAAAGGUUUAAAAUUAUGUAGUGUCUCAGGGAUUCACGCUACUCAGAAGGGCAAAUAGAGUCCUUGACUUUGUCUGAGAAUCUAAAUUCCCAACUCUUAGGUUACAAAAAAAUUGGUUAAUGGUUGAGAAUACUUUAAAACAUGUAUGUCAUUUUUAAAUCAAUUAGUUAUCACAUGAUCCAACACCACACAGAAAAGUAAAUCAUUACAUCCAAUAUUAUAGGCUCAAUAACUCAAUGUAAAUGCGUUUUCGAUUUUCCAGGUGUCUCCUAAAGAGCUGAUCCAAGAGAUUAUCCAGGUUUUGAUGGAACAUGAAGACUCUUGUCACCGAACUUGUUUCUCACUGCAGUUUGAAGGCAAUGUGCUGGACAACUUCUCAGAGCUGAGGACUGUGGAAGGCUUAAAAGAGGGCUCUGUUUUAAAAGUGGUAGAAGGUAAGUGAUAUUUGAUGAAAUCUUCGCAAAUUGAUAUUUAUAAAAGAAAAUAUAGACUGAUGAUAGUCACUCAUGUGACAGAAGCAUGUCUUCUUCAUGAGGUAAUUGUGUGCAGAACUGCUAUCAAAACUUGAUAAAGGCUCAGAGAGGAGCCAAAACGUUGUCUCCACUUCCUUGUUUCAAAUAAAGACUACCUUUUAGAAGAAACCUCAGGUGUGCCUAGAUAUUUCUUUUUUCCACAAACAUAGAUAUAAACUAUCAUACAUACACACACACACACACACACACUUUCAUAAUACACCUACAUGCCAGACACAAAUAAACAAUGCCAUGCACAUCCACAGUCAAAUAUACAGGUAUACAAUGUUAGAAAUACACACAGAUUCCCACUGUCAUAUGCAGAUGCACACACAGCAUCAAAGAAACACACAGUUGGAUAUGUACACACAGUCAAACACACUCUCAUACACUGUCAGACAAACACACAGACUCAUGCACACUUUUUCAAACAGACACACAGCUAGACAUACACACUCAUACACUUUAUUAGAUACACACACACAAACAGAUAUACAAACUCACACCCAAUUAGUUAGAUACACACGGUCAAACAGACACACAGAAAGAAAUGCACACUCACACACAGUCAGACACUUAUAAACACAGGUCUCUAACCUCUUCCCUCCACAGUAGCUAGUCAAAUAUGUCCCUGGCCCUUACCCUUUACCCCCAAGGCAGCCCUACCUAUGAGGCCAUCAUGUAUUCCAGUUUGCGUGCAACAGAGCAGUGUGAGAUGGAGAGCGGCAUUUUAACAUGGUACAUCAUUACCGCCUCUACACAGCUGUCCCACAGCUGAAUCUCAGCUACCAAUUAUAGCAUCUACAAGGUAACGCUGAGAGGAAGGGAUUUAUAUGAUAUCUUUGCAGGCUCCUAUAUAAUAUAUGGCCCAUUGUAAUGCUGCUAGCCAAUGCAGUCCCUGUCAGGGAGACAUAGUUAUCUAACCAACAGGACCAAAAGCAAUACAGGGCCCCACGUGAGACCCUGAGCUGGACCUGACACAAUACAAAGGUACUGCCUGUUCCCUCCUGAUGUCAACUCUGAUUAUCUGCAUACCAAGUUAACUUUGAUUAGCUCAAUUGAUUUAUUUUGUAUUUUUAGAGCCAUACACAAUCAGAGAAGCUCGGAUUCAUAUUCGUCAUUUCCGGGACCUGCUAAAAAGUUUAGAUCUCACUGAUGCUUACAAUGGUGUGGACUGCAGCUCUCUUUCAUUUCUGAACAACAUCUCAGAGGGUGAUAUUGGAGGUAAACUUCAAAGUUUUGUGAAAGAAGUAGUGAUUUAAAUCUUUUUAUUGGAAUAAACAACAUUUGGUAUAUGUAUACAAUUUAGUGUCACAGAAUUAAAUGUUUUACCUUUGUAAUUAAGCAAAAGGUAUUCCUCAUAACGCACUUGGCUCACAAUUAAUUUUGAAAAAAUUGUAGAAAGAGGGGCUAAAAGAAGGAAGAAAAUGGAUGAAAAAUUAAAUUGGUUUAGAACAACCCUGAUUACAUGAAUACCAACUGUAAAAUCUCCCAUUAUGACAUUUUAAUACCCAAACUGUUUUAUAAUUUAAUUCAUAAGAAUGUUGUGUAACGUUUAUGUUUUGCAUGGAGAAUGAACAGUUCCUAUUGAAAUUCCUUAAUUGGGUCCUAAAAACACAUUGCUUUCUUAUAGUAAUUGUAUUACAACAUGGGAGCUCAUUUUGAAAAUUAAUUAGAUGUGAUUGGCAGGUUAUAAAGUUUAUUGUCCUACUUUCUUGUGAACAUUGUUGUCAUCUUUUCUAGAUUCUCUCGCUCAUGAAAACAAUGGCAAGAAGAAAAAACGCUCUUCUACAGAACAAGGUCUGGAAGCUAUUGAUUGUUCUCCUCCAGAUUAUAUACUCCCAGGGAGUAUGGAACGUCCAUUACAACCACUCCAACCAUUCACUGUGGACAGCAAGGUAGAGUAGUGAAAGUCUCUCAUAAAUAAUAUUGGUGUAUUAAAUAAAACUGGUUAUAUUUUGGAUAUAUUAAGUAAAACUGCAUUGUCUAAAUUGUGUUUUAUUUAGUACCUCUCAUUUCAUUUCAGUCUCUAUUUACACCUUUUAGCUAUAUUUUGGUUACUGCACCCUGUCAUAGAUUGUUCUCCCAUUAAUGCGAUUUUUGAGACAUUUGAGAGAUGCACAUGCAAUGCUUUCUAAAAAAUAAAAUAGAAAUUUCAAAAUUAAAUACACAAUAGAUAUAAUAUGUAAUAAACAAAUGGCAGUUUUGAUUAUUCCCCUAUAAUCUGACAUUUUACCCAGAGUAAAAAACAUUAGUGGCUGAUAAAACGAUGGCCGUAUAAAGUAAACUGCCACGCAUAAAUAUCACACUGUAUCUGGAAGUGUCAAGGUCUUUCCAUUUCAUCACCAUGAUCCUGCCUCUCAUGUCUUGUUUUGCUGACUAAUUAACAGUGUGUUUUGCAGCUAGGACAGUUGACCACACUGACUGACCCAUGAACAAAUAUUGCACAAUGUCUUCUAAAACAGCAAAAUAAUUUAGAACAGAUGUUGUUUUGAUGAUAAGAAUGUUAUCAUUCAUUAGAAUAUAAAGGAUUUCUGUUAGUAAGGCUAGAAGAAUUCCAUUAUUUAUUGUACAUGUGUUUUUUGGUGUUAAGACUUUUGUCAUUCAUUACGAAAAAAAAAAAAAAAGGAUUCCUGUUAGUAAGGCUAGAGGGAAACAGUUAUUCAUUGUGCACGCACCUUUUUCAUUUUGUGUUAGAUAAUUUGUUUUGGUUUAAGUUAAAAAUUUAUUUUAUUUUUAAGGACACUCCACUGCCCAAAUAAAAAAUAAAAAUCAUUGUUUAGUAGCUAUACCCUCCAAUGAAAAUGUGAAUGCAUUUAGUAAUGCAUGUAUUCAUUUGUGAUAUUUUAUAAAAACAGCUUGCAAAAGCUGCAGAUCUCUUAUCAGAAGUGUUUGCCAGCCCUCCCUUCUAACCCUGCCCAGACUUCCUGUGGCUGUCCAAUCACAAACUUCCCAAUGCAGCUCAAUCACAAGUCUUUGCCAGGCAGCCUGCCCAGACUUUCUGUGGCUGUCCAAUCACAAACUUGCCCAGACUUCCUGUGGCUGUCCAAUCACAAACUUCCCAAUGCAGCUCAAUCACAAGUCUUUGCAAGGCAGCUGUUCUGAGCAAUUGCUGCCUCUUGAGUUUAACUCCACUACAAGGAAUUGAUUAAGAGUCAGGGAGUGUGACAAGGUUAAUUUAUGUAAGUGUCAAUUUCUGUUGAAAGCUGCACUUUUUGUUAAAUUAAAUAAAAGGACACACACUUCACACAUAGAGCACUUCAACAAACCGUAGUGCUGUAAGGGCCUGGAGUGUCCCUUUUAAAGUAGAGCUGCAUGUAUAGAGGUAGGUCAUGUAUUUAUAAAAAUAAAAUAACAGUAACCAUUUGAGUUUAAUGAAGUGUUGCAUUGCAAAUUUCCCAUCAAAAGAAAAAAGUAUAUUUAUUGUGUGUUAGUAUCUUUAUAAGUAUCUAUAGUAUAAAGUAUCUUGAUUGUUAUGUAGGCUGCCCUGUUAUUAUAUAUAUAUUUAUUUAUUUAUUUAUUUUAUUUAUUUAUUUUAAAUUUUUUUUUUUUUUUACCCUAUUAAUAUAAUUAUUCUAAUUUAAAAAGUAAAACUGCAACAAGCCAGACAUGCCGAAAAAUUUGUGGACAAAAUCCAAUUGAACUAUUUAAAAUUAUCAUUAUUUCUGUUAAUAACACUUUUAUGCUUCUAACAUUCUAAAAACGCUUAUUGUUAUUUAAAUAUGUAUAAUAAUUCCCAUCUAAAUAUAUGUUCUGGUGAAAGGCCACUUCAUUUCCCUAAGUCAAGCAUGUCAACCUCUUCCCAUCCAGAUCGUGUUAGACUACUACUCCCAUAAUGCUCUGCAAGCCACUGAGUUGUGGAAGUUAUAGUAUAACAACACUGGGAGAUAAUAAUUUGGCUUCAUUUCUCUUUCACUAACGUACAUACCUCUUCCAUCAUCAUACAUAGUUACAUAGCUGAAAAGAUCAGCCUUCCUCACAUAUGUUUUGGCUGUUGAUCCAAAAGAAGGCAAAAAAAACCCCAGUCUGAAGCGCUUCCAAUUUUGCAACAAACUUGGAAAGAAUUCAUUCUUGACCCCAAAAUGUCAGUCAGAUAUCUUCUUGGAUCAAGCAGCUAUUAUCCCACUAAUUAGAAAUUAUAUCCCUGUAUGUUAUGUUUUUUGCAAGUAUUUAUCCAAUUACUGUUUAAACAUCUGUAUGGGCUCUGAUAAAACCACCUCUUCAGGCAGAGAAUUCCACACCCCUAUAGUUCUAUAGUUGUAAAAAAAAAUACCUUUUCUUUGCCUUAGAUUAAAUCUCCUUUCUUCCAGCCUAAAUGCGUGACCUCGUGUCCUAUGUGUAGCCCUGUUUAUGAAUAGAUUUCCAGAUAAUGGUUUGUACUGGCCCCGAAUUUUCCAACACAGUUUAAUCAUGUCAUGCUAUAAAUAUUUACCUUGAUUAUUCUAUAUUUCCUACAGCCUCCUCAAUGCCUUAAAUCCUUGAUGAUGAGUGGAUGGAAUCCCCCACCUGGCAAUCGCAAAAUGCACGGAGAUCUGAUGUACCUGAGUGUUAUAACAAUGGAAGAUCAUCAUAUCAACAUUACUGCAUCCAACCGUGGAUUUUACAUUAAUCAGUAAGUUCUGGAAUGAUCCUCGUCUGUUACAUUCUUGAGUCGAAAGAUGCUAAGAAAUCAUUUAAUAGCAUGCAUUGGGUAAUUUACCCUAAAGAAUGCAGUAAAGUAAUGUUUACAUCCAUGAGGUUUCACAUUUAUAUUUGUUUUACUAUAGUCAGGGGAGGGCUGGCAGCCUUAGGCCUGGGGGUAAAUCCAGUCAAGUGGCCCAUUGCACCACCGAAUCAGCUCACCAUCCAUGCCCACCUUUUCCUGGUUUUAUAAUACAGCCAGUCACACCAAGUCUCUCUCACACUGCUGGUGCUGCCUAUCCUCUGCCUCCAACCUCCAAGAAGAUUGUCUGUGUCAGGACUAGGAGACUGGGGGUUGUGAUUUCCUGCUGAGCUAAAGCUAGGUUCUCCCCGCCCCCCCGGGAGCGUGAGUGAGCCCCUAGCAGGGACUACGACUCCCGAAAUGCAUCAGCUCUUACUCCCUGUCAGCCAGGGAGUGGCUGUUCCAUUCCCCCUCCCUCUGACUCCACAGCCAAGUGAAAGCCAAGAGAUCCUGUCUCUGCCUCCAUAGCAGGCAAGCAGGCAGAGACAGCUGCCGUUUUUAAACAUGAUUUAGGCAGGGCAAGGAUUUUUGGGUACAUAGGCAAAGAUGCAGUUCCCCCUCCUCCCCCCCAAAUAACAUCUUCACCUGUGUGCCUCUUAACCUCUUUUUUGUGUUUCUUAUCCCCUCUUUUAAAUGUCUUAUCCCCUUUAGUGUAUCUUAUCUCCUAUUUUGUUUCCCAUUGUGUAUCUUACAACUCCCUUGUGUAUCUCUUACAACCUGUUACGCUACUUGAGUGAUUUGGAUUGGACCUUAACUGCAGCUUGUAAAACUCCCUAAUUACAAUUGUGAAGAAACGGAGAAUCUUUAAAGUAUCAAUACUGUAGCUUUAAGAAAAGGGAGAAUCAUUGGUAACUUGAUUCAACUGAAGUUUUAAUAAGUUUUAAACUUAAAUGAAUUGCAUUUAGGCAAUAAUCCAAUAAGAAGAAGUGCAAGUAAUCAACAACACAAAGUUCAUUAUUAAGUAUUUCCCCAGAGAUGCAUUAAGUAACAUUCUUUAAGUUCAUGAGAAUAAUCUUCAAUAGAAACAAUAAGCAAGUAGCCAAGAAUAUUUGCAAAGCGAGAACAGUUCAUAGUGAAUAAGUAUGAUGGGAGUUGUCCUCCAUAUAAUUAGUAGUUUGAAGCACUGAGUAUGUUUGCAAAGCAAGAAACAGUUCAUAGUGAAUAAGCAUGAUGGGAGUUGUCCUCCUUAUAAUUAGUAGUUUGUAGCAAUGAAGAUUUGAGUAAGCAAGCAUUAGUUUAUUAAUAAAUGAUAAUGUAGCUGAAAGAUAUACUUAAGGUUAAUCUGAGUAGUCCUCCAAUAGUUUAGGGAUAUGGUCCACUUGUAAAGUAUGUGAAUUUCCGUUUUCCAGUAAUCCUCUAUGACAUGAAGCAUACUUGUCUUAGUCCAGAAGGCUAGGACGACUUCAGAGUUUGUAGAGCCGGCGUGUCCCAGGAGCCGGCGUGCAUAUUUGGAAGUAGGACCCACAAUGCCAGAGCCUGUGGAGAGGUCAGUCUGGCGGAAGUAGCUCCCAGUCUCGCCAAGCUCCCUCUCUCUGGCGCGGUCUCCCUAAAUACCGUUAGAGCCGUGUCAGAGGGGGGCGGAGUCCGGCUCCGCACAGCGGAGUUCCAAACCCGGAAGUGUUACCGCAUGACAGGACCACCCACCUAAGGAGCACACUCCGGGUGCUAUUACCUCGGUUUUUGAGGGUAUCUCCUGUAAAAGUCAGUAAUCAACUUCUUUGCAUGUAUUUCAGAGGAAUUCUCCCAUGUGUUAUCUUCUUCUCCAUAACCCUUCCAUUUAAUAAGGUAUUGUAAGUUAUCUCUAUGAAGUUUGGAGUCAAGAAUUUUCUCUAUUUCAUAUUCCAAUUCUCCUUGUACUUCAAUGGGGUCAGGCUUCCACAAUUGUUCCCUAUGGAAGGGAUCUGGGAGAAAAGACUUUAGGAGUGAAACAUGGAAAACAGGAUGCAGUUUAAGUGAAGGAGGAAGUUUCAAUUUUACUGCAUUUUCAUUAAUAAUUGAUUCAAUUUGAAAAGUUCCAAAAAAAAGAGGACUUAGCUUCUUAGAAGGACGGUUAGUAGAAAUAUUUUUUGAAGACAACCAAACAGUGUCACCAAUUUUAUAUUUAGGAGGAGCUCUCCUUUUAAUAUCAUAUUUCCUUUUAUAUAAGAACAUAGAGCUUUCAAGGUUUUUCUUUAAUUGUUUGAACAAUGAAGACAUUUCCAUAUUUUGAGAAGAAACCAUUGGAUUAGAAGUUGUCUUGGGAUCUUCAGAGAACAAGGAGGGAUGGAAUCCAUAAUUUGAAAAGAAUGGAGUCAUUUUGCUGCUUGAAUGUAUGGAAUUAUUAUAGGCAAAUUCAGCCAUGGGUAAUCAAUUACUCCAGUCAUCUUGUAAAUACGUACAGGAAUAACGAAGGUAUUGUUCCAGACAUUGAUUGACUCGUUCUGUUUGACCAUUUGUUUGGGGAUGGUACGCUGAAGAAAGUUUACGUUGGAUUUGAAGUGAAGAACACAUUUCCUUCCAAAAACGUGAAGUAAAUUGAGAACCUCUGUCUGAGAUUAUUUCUUCAGGAAAUCCAUGUAAUUUGAUUAUAUUGUCAAUGAAAACUUUGGAAAGUUCAGAGGAUGAGGGUAACUUUUUCAAAGGAAUGAAAUGUGACAUUUUUGUGAAAUGGUCUACUACAACAAGGAUGGUGGCGUAUUUCUGAGAAGGAGGGAGUUCCACCAUAAAGUCCAUGGAAAUAGACUGCCAAGGUCUUUCAGGUACUGGUAAUCCAGUCAAUAAUCCAUAAGGAAGGUGACGUUCCACUUUGGACCUUUGACAAACUGGACAAGACUUUACAUAGGAUUCAAUGGUUUUGUCUUGACGAGGCCACCAAUAUUGUCUAGUAGAGAGUUCAAGUGUCUUUUUUAUUCCGGGAUGUCCAGCAAGUGGACAAUCAUGAAUUCAUUUUAAGAGGUUGUUUCAGAGUUUUGGAGGAAUAUAAAUUCUAUUUUUUAAAUAAAAGAUUCCAUCUUUUUUUUAAUAAUUUAGGAGUAGAAGGUAGCUCAAGUUCCUUGUAAGAUAAUUGUUUCAGUUCAUCCAAUAUAGUAGUUGUAAAUCCAAUAACUUUAUUGUUUGACAAUAUUGAAAAGGUUUUCUCUUCUGAAGCAGGAUUAAAUGGAAUUCUGGAAAGAGCAUUAGCUUUCUUGUUACGAGAUCCAGGUCUUAAUUUUUCUUGACUUAAUUGAAGUGUAGGAAUCUGUGGGAGACAAUUAUCCUUACUUAAUAUUCUGAGUCAAAGGUGAGAGAAAAGGGAGCCCAACGAAUAAAAGGGUUAUGAGUUUGUAACCAGUUGAUUCCUAAGAUGAUUGGAAAAAGAGGGGAUUUUAUAAUAUCAAAAACAAGAAAUUCUGAAUGGUCACCAUUGACAAUUGUCCUGAUAGAAAUAGUUUCAUUUUUUUAUAGGACCAGAAGGGAUUAAAGAUCCAUCAAUAACUCUGAUGGAGAUAAAAGAUGCUUUUUUCACAUAAGGAAUUUUAUUGGUUUCAACAAACGAAGAAUCUAUAAAUAUCCCUGUAGCUCCAGAAUCUAUAAUAGCUUCAGUCUUGAUUUUUUCUUUGUCCCACUGUAGAAUUAGAGGUACUGCAAACUGAUGAGAGCAGGAAGAGGGAAGUGUUUUCAGAACUGAGGUAUUAAUUUUAAGCUUUCCUCCCUUAGCGCGUUUUAGUAGAGGACAUUCUUGUAAAAGAUGUUCCUUAGAAGCACAGUACAUACAGAGAUUUAAAUUUCUUCUUCUUGUUUUUUCUUCUAUAGACCAAGGUCCCCUAAUAAACCCAACUUCCAUAGGUUCACUUGGUUGCAAGGGUUUAUUAGGCAUGCGCAAAGGUGGAUUGGGUUUUUUCCAAAAUGAAUUAGAGAGAGCCUUUUCAGCUUUUCAUUCUCUGAUUCUUCUAUCUAUACUAAUAGAGAGUUGAAUUAAUGUAUCCAGCGUUGGAGGAAGAAUGGUUCUAGAUAAUUCAUCUUUAACUGGUUCAGACAAUCCUAAACGGAACUGAUUACGUAGAGCUAUAUCAUUCCAUUGGGUUUCUGAAGCCCAUCUUUUAAAUUCAGCUAUAUAAUCCUCCAUAGGACGAUUUCUUUGUUGUAAUAAUCUAAUAGUAAGGUCAGCUGUAGCUUGUUUAUUAGGGUCCUCAUAAAGUAAUGACAUUGCCUCAAUAAAAUUAUCUAAAGAAUCCAAAAUAGGAUCUUCAUUUUCCAGAAAUUAAUGUGUCCAGGACAUAGGUUCACCCCUUAAGUAGGAAAUUAUUGAACAGACCUUAAUCCCGCUGAGGGGUAAAUCCUGGGUUUGAGAGUAAACAAUAAUUUGCAUGAAUUAAAAAAUUCUCUAUAUUCGGAGCGAUCUCCAUAAAAUGUUUCGGAAUUGCAGACAGCAGGGUCACUUGAAGAAUGUGUAACUUUAUUUUGCAUUUCUCUAAUAUAAGAAAGAAGUCUCUCAUUAGCAAUUUGCAAAUCCUGCAUGCCUUGUGUGAGUAUUUCAACCCUGUGGUUUAAAGAGGUAAUUUGGGAAUUCACUUCUGCUGGUUCCAUUUUUGGUGCUUGGUGAUUUUGUUACGCUACUUGGGUGAUUUGGACUGGAACUCAACUGCAGCUUGUAAAACUCCCUAAUUACAAUUGUGAAGAAACAGAGAAUCUUUAAAGUAUCAAUACUGUAGCUUUAAGAAAAGAGAGAAUCACUGGUAACUUGAUUCAACCGAAGUUUUAAUAAGUGUUAAACUUAAAUGAAUUGCAUUUAGGCAAUAAUCCAAUAAGAAGAAGUGCAAGUAAUCAACAACACAAAGUUCAUUAUUAAGUAUUUCCUCAGGUUAUGAUGCCAGGCAUACCCUGGCAUGGUCCCCAAUGUUGGGGCAAACCAAAUUGGCAACAAUUUGUCCCUUUUUCUAGGUCCUCGCCAGUCUGUGAUGUUCCCUGGUGGUCCGGUGAAACCAUUCUGACUUCUGCAGCUCUGCCAUAGCAUUUUCCAUUCAUUGGCUGAGAGGAUCAGUCAAUUAUGGUCCAAAAAAGAAUGCACUGAAUUGAUAUUAGCAACCCUGGAGUUCUAGUUCCGGACUGGAUGAUAACACCCCAAUGAAAAUGCGAAAUGCUGCAAGAUCAGACUCCAGGCACCAUGACUACUUCAAAUCACAAACGUUGUCAUGGUGUUUGGAGUAACUCUUCAAAAAAUAUAUUCGUCUGUGUUGUUAAAGACUUCAUAGUUUGUCAAGAAAUUUAGAUGCCUUCUAUUCUAACUAUAUUUUAGUAACCUUAUUAAACAUUUUUUUGAGUUUUUAUUUAUUAUUAGUUUUUUAAAUUUAUAUCGUGCUUAUUUUAAAGGUCGACAGCAGAGGUGUUCAACCCUAAACCUGCUUCUCCAAGCCACUUAUGUCACAGUAUUGUGGAGCUGUUAAAUCAGGUCAGCCCAGCAUUCAAGAAAAACUUUGCAACUCUGCAAAAAAAGAGGUAAAAUACUAAAUUACUACUCGUUAUAUAUUAUGUUAUCCAAUUUUAUAUAUUGCUGGAGCGGUUAAGCCAAAAGGAAACCAUAAUGUCCCUAUUUUUUCUACUGGCAGAUCAGGUCAUCAAAUUUUGCCCUGUAUGGUGUGAUGUCACACAGUGCAAUAAAAUCUAUACUCAACACUUUGCAACAUGCGAUUCACCACUGUCAGGACAGCAUAUUUAGGUUUAUGAUGUCUCUAAAAUCCUUUAUUGACAUUAUUUUACCAUCAUACAUGGUGCACCUUAACCACCUAAAAAGGUUAUGGGCAAUAUGUCAGAGCUGUAAAAAAGUCUCAACUCCAGUUUAGUUAAUGUGGGGUUUGUUUUUUUGUGCUUAGGUUUCUAAGAUGCUACUUUAUUUAAAUAAAGUGAAAUGUGCAAUUGGAAAGACAAUAAAAUGUAAACUUUUUAUGUUUCUAUGUCCCUUACAAAUUUGGUACCUUAUUUGAGGUCCAAAAACGCAAGCAGUCUACCCUUUGAGUUUGAAGGGAACGUAGCCUUAAACGUGUACUCCGAGAACCAUGACUACUUCACUGAUUCACUAAAGCAUGGAGUGUGUAUGUGCAUAGUGUUUACUUUAGAAUUUUUUAUCUCAUGCUUUGUUAAUUGAGCUGCAGUUACACACAAAAGGCGUUGGUAGGCUUUCGAUGGCUAGUAGCAAACAAGGAGAUAAUAAAUUCUAAAUUAAACAGACUGAGCAAUAAAGGAAGUUUAAACAUUAGAUCUCACUUUACAGAAAAUGUGUAGGGAUACUGUGUAGGUCACAUGCAGUUGAGGUGUUGCUAGGGCUAAAUAAACAAAGUGAUUUAACUCCUAAAUGGCAAAGAAUUAAGCUGUUAGAUCUAUACACCAAAACCAAAGUUGCUUGGUGCGUACAGUGUCCCUGUAAGAACAAAAACCUACAGAAAAAUGUGAUGAAGAUUUUAUUUUCUUCCAUUGUGGUUUACUGUGAUUUUUACAUAUGGUUACUACGUACUGAUUAGGCAGAACACAUGACUUAAAGGUACACUACAGGGUCAAAUGGUAACACUCAUUCACAAGAGAAAAAGGGGGCGAGUCUUAUCUGGAUAAUUAAAUAGUAUUUUAAUUGAACACUAUAUAACCAAAUGAAAAAAGAUCAGGUACUUUAUAAUCCAAAGCCAAAAUGGCUAAGCCUCUGUUAAAUUGUAACUAGUUUAAUUGAAUAGAACAUAGAAACAUAGAAUGUGACGGCAGAUAAGAACCAUUCGGCCCAUCUAGUCUGCCCAAUUUUCUAAAUACUUUCAUUAGUCCCCGGCCUUAUCUUAUACCUAGGAUAAUAUUUCCUGACCUUUGCCCAUCUAAUUUAAGACUAUGUCCUCUUGUUGUGGUAGUUAUUCUUCUUUUAAAUAUAGUCUCCUCCUUUACUGUGUUGAUUCCCUUUAUGUAUUUAAAUGUUUCUAUAAUAUCCCCCCUGGAACCAUCCCCCCACACCUUCUCUGGCUUCAAUGAGUGUUGUCAGCAUAGGAGGAAUGGAUAAUAAUAAAAAUGGUAACAACAAUAGGUAAUGUGUCACUCUGUGUAUCAAUAUAGCAUUAGGUGCGGAGUUGAUGCAAAGAAGGGGGAAGAGGGUGAGACACCUAGUUGUAGAUCUCACUUAAAAUAUCUCUAAAAAUAGAGAAUGAGUGAGGUUUAUAAAAAUUACUCACAGAUGAAGGUUCUAUAAUACAUCAGUGUAAGUACAAGAAUUUCCAACUUGCAAUUACAAUCUUGAGAGUAAACAGAGAUAGACUCUAAGUUAAGGUAAAGCCUCUCUCUCUUAAAAUCUUGCUAGACUGACAGAGGGAAGAAAUAGAAUUGGAGUGUUUAAAUAGUAUAGACCAUGCUGAAAAUAGCUUGUUUUAAAUCACCGUUCUGAACAUCGUGUAUAUGUGCCCAGUGUAGAAAUACAAAGUGUGUGCAACUUCGUCAGGGAUGUAUUCCUGUCCCUAUAGUGCUAAACCACCAUCUAGCCCCCCUGGCCGCCACUUGCCCUUCCUAAAUAUAGUAAAAUCUUACUUGUAUUCUGGUCUGCUGCUGCAGACUGACAUCAUCAGAAGUGUUGAACAAAAGCCAAUCACAAUGCUUUCACAUAGGAAAGCUUUUGAUUGGCUGAGACUGUCAAGGAGGCAAAUCAGGGACAGAGCCAGCACAAGCCUAACACAUAGGCCAAUCAGCAUCUCUGUAUAUAUGAGGAAAGCUCAGUGUCUCCAUGUCAGAGGGUGGAGACACCGAAUGGCACAGCUGCACACUGUGCAGCACUGCUCUAGGAAGCCCCUCUAGUAGCCAUCUGAGGAGUGGCCACUGGAGGUAUCCCUAGGCUGUAAUGUAAACACUGCAUUUUCUCUGAAAAGACAGUGUUUACAGCAAAAAAGCCUGAAGGGAAUGAUUCUACUCACCAGAACAAUACAAUACUCAUGUAAGAGGAAUUUCAAAAGCUCUAUAUUUUCUUCCAUAGACUCAAUUUUUUUAAUUAUUAUUUAAGACACCUGAGGACAUUAAUGUAUUGCAACAUCUUAAUUCGUUUCAUACUCGUUCAUUAAAAUCCAGGGUGAAUCGUCAUCCACUGGAGCGAAUAGCAACACCCUAUCAGGUUUACAGCUGGGUGGCUCCGAGCAGCAACCACAAUAUUGACUGUGUCAGAGCAGAAGAUGCCUACAAUUCACGACUGGGUUAUGAAGAACACAUUCCAGGACAGGUAAUAGUGUGUGUCUCCAUACUACCCAAAUUAUUGGUAUGGUAUUUUGUAGAUGUAGUGCAGUAUUGAACUAUCUCAAACUCUCCAGUUUUCUAUUGGUUAUAGGUGUUGUUAUAAUGCAUCAUAUUGGUGGGUUGUUAUAUCCCAGAGUGUCCAGUGCACUUGGGAAGAUUUGUUUAUAUCACUAAUAAUUUCCUAAUGUUCUGUGAUAUUCAUCAUGCCCGAAUUACCUGAUGUACAAUGUAUAUAAUGCUAUCAUUAAAAGGGAAAUUCACUAAACCGGUAACUAUAGAGGAUUGACAAGGGUAUUGCCCAUUUUCCUUAAUACACCAUUUACCCCAUUUAAAGUACAGUACGGUAUACAUUUAGGUAUUUAGGCAGCAACACUAUUAAGAAAUGCAUGUUCCAGAUGUACCCAAAUACUUUUUUUUUACAAACCCCUUAUCCUGCAUGUGAUAAUGUAGAAAUAGCAUGUAUAGUAAGAAUGAGAUAGUUUGGGGGAGCUGAUAUAGAAAGUGGGAAAGCCUGACACAUAGGGGAGAAGAUAAGGUCCUUUAUAUGAGUGGACUAAAGCCAGCAAUGGUUUGGGAGGACUGAAAUGAAAGGGUUACUCCAACUUGCAUAACCACUACAGCCCGCUGAGUGGUUAUAAGGAGUACUCUGGUCCAGUUCCCUCAGGUCACAGGGCAGUUCAUUUGGCAACGUUGUGUCCCUGCCAGGCUCCGAUGCACCUUGGUGGUCCAGUGGAGUGAGUGGCUUCUGCACAGAACCCAGAAACCACAGCCAUUCAGUGACAAUACCGGAGUUGGAGUUACAUUUCUGGCAGCAGAGAAGUUAAACUCUGUAUGUGCAGCUUUCAUAGUGAAAUGGUGCUUGGAAUAUCAGUUUAAAGAGAGGAAACACCAAUGUGAAGAAGGGGAUUAUAAAAAUAUGAUUGUGGGCAAUGAAGAAAAAAGAAGAAUAGAGAAGAUUAGACUAAAGUGAAGGAAACCUGUAUAAAAGUGCAAUGUGAGAGCUUUCAGAUUCCAACGGAUGAUUUCUACAGAGACCUGGGACUUCAAGCUCAACAUCAUUCACCAGCAUACUUAGAUCAUAUUUAGAGUUAUUUACUAAAGUGAGAAUUAUUGGGAAUUCAUAGUGAACUAAGGGUGAACUUCAAAAUGUAGACCUUAAAAUUGAUAUUCACUUUGAAUUCAGUCAGAUAUUUCUUACUACAUAACCCUGAAUGUGUUGAAAAUGUAUAAAACUCAUUCAGUGCUUAAUAUCAGAAUGCUUCCCCUUUUGUAAAAUCUCUUUCAGGAACACUCUUUAUCACAUUGUUAUAUAUAAAUUUAAAAAAAGAAAGUAUAAAUGAACACUACUGCACCGUCAAUCAUUUAGAAGGACAAAUUAGCCACAAAAUAUUCUACUUGCUAGCAUCCUUCUCCUUAUUCAUAGUUAACUGAGCCUGUGCUGCAGGUAAGCAAAUUAAACCUAGGAAUAAAUAUAAAGCGUCAGUCUCACCCAUGCCAUUAAUGAUAAAUUGAACUAAUUCAAACUGCAUAAAUAUAUAAAAUACAUUCGAAUUAUAAAACAGUUGUGAAAAACCAAGGAGUUUAUAUGAUUUAUUCCAUUAUUUACUCUUAAGAACAACUGAUUAUCGUUUUCUUUUUGAAGACUAGAGAUUGGAAUGAAGAAUUACAGACUACAAGAGAGCUCCCUCGGGAACUCCCAACAGACCAGCUACUGCGGCAAAGAGCCAACUUUAAGGUAACAUUAUCAUGCAAAAUACAAGGCAUUCCUAUGUAUUGAUAACAAUGUGGUAGUAUCAAUAUUGAACGCUAUGAAAUAUUUAUUUCAAUGCAACAUAGAGGCUUCCACAAAUGACUUAUAACAAUUUAAUAACAGAAGAAAAAUUGUAAAUCAUUCAUGCAAUUUACGUAUCUAGUUUUUUAAAGUCUUAAAAUAAAGAUUUGUUUGUAUCUAUGAUGUCUCUCUCGGCACAAAAUUCAUUAAUGUCUCUGUCUAUCUCUCGACCCCAAAUUAAUUCAUCUUUCUACAGAUCAACUCAGAUUUUGUGGGUGCAUCCACCAGAGGAGCUAUGGCUGUAAUUGAUGGUAAUGUUAUGGCAAUCAACCCUGGGGAAGAGACCAAGAUGCAGAUGUUUAUCUGGAAUAACAUAUUCUUCAGCUUUGGCUUUGAUGUGAGGGAUCACUACAAAGACCUUGGAGGAGAUUAUGCAGCCCAUGUAGCUGCCAGCCAUGACCUUAAAGGUGUUCAGGCCUACAGCGAUUUAGACAUUGAGGAACUGUAUGUUUUAGGAACCGUGGUUCUGGACUACAGAGGCUACCGUGUAACUGCUCAGUCAAUCAUACCAGGGAUUCUAGACCGUAAAGAAGACCAAAGUGUAGUUUAUGGAUCAAUUGAUUUUGGCAAAACGGUUUCAACCAGUUUAAAAUAUCUCACUUUACUCCAGAAAUCAAGUAAACCACUCAAAAUUAUGAGACACAUGGUACUGGAUGAGAAGGAUGAAGAAGUAAUGCUUUGCUCAUCUGUCGAGUGCAAGGGGAUUGUGGGAAAUGAUGGAAGGCAUUACAUUCUAGAUCUCCUACGAACCUUCCCUCCUGAUGUUAAUUUCCAUCCUCUGUAUGAAGGAGACACACCAAGGAAAUGCAGCCAUAGGUUUCCUAAGCCAUAUCGCCACCAGCUAUGCAGUUUACGCCCAGAACUGAUUGAAUUCUUUAUUCAACACAAGUAAGUCCCUCACUUUGAAACAUAUUACAGAGAAGGAUUAUCAAAACAGUGGAAAUAACAGACAAUUUUGUAUGCUCGCUUUUGAGUUGUGUUGCUGCUAAAUGUACAUAGACAGUUGGACUAGGAAAAGAGUGGGUUGUGCUAUAGUUAGUGUAUUAUUGUAACUGUCCUUUACUUAUAUUUUGAUGUGGAAUUGGCUGCAGCACCCAAGAGAUUGCUUUAUGACGGGUUUAAUAUCAAAAAUGCAUAUGGAUAAAAGAAAAAGUGAAAACAAUCAUAGCUUAGUACACUUAAAGUAUUAUAAAAACAAUAUGUAAAAAUGUAAAGAAGGUAUUUAAUGUGUAUAUGGGUCUUCUGAUCUUUUAUAGGCCCCCAUGAGUUAUCAAUCCACCUUUACAAUUGGUUCUUUUCAUCAAGAGCAACCGUUUCCCCCAAAAAAUUUAUUUUAAUAACUAUAUAAUGUAAACCCCCUUUUGUCAAGAUAUGGUCCAGUAGAACUCAUAUUCUGAUUACUGCAAACAAACUCGGAUAGUUUUUUUUCCCUAUACUAAUUUAAAUUGCAUCUUUCUCUAAUGUUUUAAAAUCACAGAUAUGCACAGUUUAUGAAAAUUGUUAUGGACAAGACAAAGAGUGCAGGCUCGAAGGUAAAUGAAGAUGCCGCCAAUGAUGGUAAGAUCCUUUAUAAGCAUGUACGUAUGGGAAUUUUGCAAAGAAUUAACUAUAUUUUUUGUUUUAACUUUUUUUUUUCAAUCUGUGUCAAUUGGAGAACUCUAUUUCUUUAGGAGAGGGAAAAGUACAUGAGGUAAUUUAUUUAAAGUGAACUUGUCACGACAGGCUGAUUAUAAAUGCAACUCCUUCUUCUUAAAGGGACACUAUAGUCACCAGAACAACUACAGCUUAAUGUACAAACAUGUAUUCCUGACCCUAUAGUGGUAAAAGCAGUAUCUAGCUACCAUGCCCCCCUAAUAUAAUAAAAUCUUACCUUUAUUCCAGUCUGCUUGUGCUGGCUCAGUCACCCAACACGCCUGCCCGGCUGAGAUCAUUAGAAUUGAUGAUCUCAGUCAAUCCAAUGCUUUCCUAUGUAAAAGCAUUGUGAAUGACUGAGAAUAUCACUUCUGAUAAUGUCAGCCAAGGAGGCAGUUCAGAGGCAGAGCUAGCACCAGCAGUCAUGCAUUAUAAUCCCUUAGACUGCUGCAGAUAUCGACAUAAAUGUGGUAUGUGGUAUAUCAGUAUUUAUAUAUAAUAUAACCUGUGUUCUCUACUCCCUCUCACACGCUGCUGUCACCCAAUUUGUCACUCUUCUUGCACAUGCAAGAUGGUGGCACAUCACUGAAUGAGGGCACACCACAGAGAACCCUGUUGAAUCAUGUGAAUAUCUAGGUGAACAAAAUGCAAUUUCUAUUUACUUGGAGAAAUGAGCAUUGUCAUGCCUUGUAUUAGGGUAUACAUGGGCCUUCACACACCCUAUACCAAACCCACAUUCUCAUAUAUAUGUACUAAUUUUAUGUUCUGAUAAGGAACACCAGUAUUGAUUUAUUUCCCACUAGAUCACAAUUUGUACACAGGAUUUGGGAGCCUUUAAGUAUCAGUGGGACAAAUGUUUUCACUUGUUCCUUAUGACAUCAACAGGAAUUUCUCAACCUCCUUACUUACAAUAAUCCACAUUGGAAUUAGACAAGUUACUUAAAAUAUAUUGUGCAUAAUGAAAAAACAGGGACCUCUUUUCAAACUAUUUCCAGUGGUAACAAACAUAUUAUGGCAUACAUGUUUUUUUAUGAAAUAUAGAAAUGUAUAUUGUGUAAUAGAAAUCUUUAAUGUAGCUAUAUAGUGCUAUUUGUACUUCAGCAAAUCUUUAAUUGUAUAUGUUUUUGGUUUGUUUGUGUGAGUCCAAUGUAGGCAAACCUUACCACAAGUUUUUGUGAGCUAUAUUUCCCAUGGUGCUCAGACAGCCUUUAGACCGGCCAAGCAUCAUGGGGAAUGUAGUUCAUAAACAUCUAGGUUAUAUGUGCUAGUAUGUUACAAUUCUAACAUAAAAAAAAAAAAAAAAAAUUCUUUAUUUUCUCAAUUUUUUGCCUCCUCAGAUGAACAGCAGGGAGUGGAUGUUAUAAGAGAAGCAUGUCGAGAAGUCGGUUCCGUCUUGGAUUACGUUUUUGAUAUGCGUUUUAAUUCGGAUGUCUACUCAUCUGGUAAGUAUCUUUAGAAUUGUAAUUGCAAAAAACACAUUUAUUGCAAGUCUUCUGUUAUAUAAUACCCUUUUAUUGUAGCUAGGGGUACCACCUUUUUUAGGAAACAAAUACUGGCCAUUUUACAAUGUUUGUACUUUGACUGUGUGUAUAGCAUGUAAAUGUGAAGCAGUGUGUGUAUGGACUGUCUGUAUGAGUGUGUGUGUAGUAGUGUGUUGUUGUCUAAAUGUGUAUAACAGUGUGAUCAUACUGUUGUCUGAGCAUGUGUCAUUGUCUGUAUACUUUAAAUGUGUGUCUACAAUGUCUGUGUAUGUUAUUGUGUGCGUAUAUAGUAUAUAAGCAGGGAUGGGCAACCUUUGGCACUCCAGAUGUUAUGGACUACAUUCCCCAUAAUGCUCUUACACCUAUAAUGCUGGCAAAGAAUCAUGGAAGGUGUAGUCCAAAACAUCUGGAGGUCCAAAGGUUGUCUAUGCCUGGUAUAUAGCAAUGUGUGUACAUACCAUUUAUAACAGAUGGAUUCCACGGAUCAGUUUUGCAUCGGGGCCCCAUGGAUUGUGUGUACGCCACUGGUCACAGUGCAUCAAAUACCGGCUGUGCCGGUAAAACACCGGCCUGGUGGCAACCCGAAUUGUAGCCAAAGGGUGUUAUUUAUAAUGUCUAUAGCUGUGUUAGUUAAUCUUUGGUAACUCAGUUGUUUCCCAUAAUGUAUAUUCCGUCAUUCAGACAGCACAGCAUCAUCAGAAGCUUGGUACACAACAGCUGGAGUGCCAAAGGUUAGCCAUUGUUACUGUGCAAUAACAAGUCCAGUAAGUGGUCCUUGUAAUGAGAGCUGUAACAAAAUACCAAUCUGUAGCUCUCUUUACGUUGAACUACAGCUACCACAGAUAUAGGCCAGUUCAUGGCCUACUGAAUGUCAUAAACAUAAUUUAACAGCUGGAAAGGUCAAGGAUUGAGAGCUGAUGUCAUUUUGAAAAAGCAAAAACAUGGACUGCUGAAUUUUAUUCGCUGCUGAUGACAUACUGUAAAAUACUGAUGUGGUAUUUUGAUGUUGACAAUGAUAAAAAAACAUUUCAAUAAAAAAAAAAAAAAAAAUAACAUACUGUUGUAAAAAUGUAACAUGCUGAAGAAAAUGUUGGUGCUUAUGUAAAUUAUAAAUAAUUAUAAAAUCCUUUAAAAAGUAAAUAACACACAUCUCGUAUUUACAUUUAGCGGUGAGCUAUUUUUUCUCAUAAGUUGGCAGUAACUUAUAUAUCUUUGUGAUCUAGUUUUGCGAUUUCCGGAAUCCCAGUACCAAGCCAAUCAGUUGCAGAAACGCUUACUAGGUGAAGCCGCUUCAUUCACCCUGACUGUGCAAAUUCCUACUUUUGUAAGUUGCCUGUAGAAUCCCAUACUAUACCUUUCAUAUUCCUUUUUCCUGUAUAAAGGCCAAAACAAAUGCAUUCAGUUCAGAUGUAAAAUGCUAUUGCUAUCUCUGUAUAAGUUAGCAUCCUUACAGAUUGUUAAAGAAAGUUUAGGCGAUCCAGCUAUUUCUGCUCAGACAGCCAAGGAAGAAAAACGUACACAAGGAUGUUACUAGGGGUGACCUGUCUCUGCCAGGAGCGUUUCUCAGUUGUUUCUCAAAUCCUGUUCUCUGGCAGACUUUAACAGUCCCGUUUUAGAAAAACAGGUGGAUAAACAGUGAGUUUGCAGUUUUGAAAGGUCUAACAACAAAGCCCCCUGUGAUCAUGAGAUGAUCUUUAAGAUCAGUGUCAUGGCUGGUUCCUGAGGAUGAACUUUAUAAAGUUAUGGUGGGCAAAAGGGACAGGCAUCUAUUUCUCUCACACAGUGGGUCCUGCGUUAAUGUUUUCUAAAGCUUGUUGUAGUAUAAGAACAUUAGUAUAGUUGCAUAAAACAAUAAUUUUAUGCAUUUUGAUUAAUAAUCUUAAUCACCCAAGCACCAGUAUAUCAACUACAUACCAAUGUAUAGAUUGUGUUAAUAUCUAAUGUAUAAGUACUCAUCUUUCUUCUAUUGGGCAGCAUAAGUAAAAACACUCGGCCAUACAAGUACAGUUCUGUGACAGAUAUCAUUUUUUUAGUGAUAGAGCUGUAUUUUUGACAAGGUAGCGUGGUGAUGGAAAAAUGAGUACAUUUAUGACCUUUAUCUUUGUAUCCCAGAAUCUCUCUGCUAUAUGUUCCUUUAAAUCUGCAUCACAUGUCAACUGAUCACAAACAUAUUGUGUUGUUUAUCUAUCAGAUAAAAAGCUGUUUGAAUCAUAUUAUUGUUCCCAUGGAUGGCAAAACACUCACGGAGGCUAUUCAUGCUCAUGGGAUAAAUGUCCGAUACCUAGGAACAAUUGCUGAAACGAUUGCUGAACUGGAUGAUCGUCAGCCCUUGGAUUAUAUUUAUGUAAGUAUGACUCUGGUUUGUGUAGCCUAAACAUACAGCAACUCACAUGUAUUAUUGAGAUCUCUCCUGCUGACUCCAUCCAAAUACAUGAGACUGUUGGUGUUUUUUUCUUUUUAUAAUAUAUAAAAUUAAAAAUAGAACAAAUAACAACAUGAAAUAAUACAUUUUAAUUUAUUCGUCCUAUGUGUAUUUGUAACAGGUUAGGAACUGGAGUUAUAAAGCUUUAUGUUCUUGCAUUAGAACGCUUGAAUGGUUGAUGAGACAGAUUAGCUUCCUUGCUUGAUUGUCUCAACUGAGUCUGUAUUUCUGUUAUUUUGUCCAUUUUCUUUUAAUAUGCAGUGACACAUUAUAAUAUAUAUAUUUCCUAUACAGAGAAUUGUGAUCAUGGAGAUAGUUACACGUUCAACAAAACUCAUUUUACGCAACUACCUUCAGGUAAGGAGUGUGUGACUCCACAUAUACACCAGAAAUGUUUAUAUAUAAACAACAAGUGUCUGUUUGCUGUACUUAAAAAAAUAAUAAUCAUAAUGUGCUAACUGUAUUUGCAAGUUUAUGCAACAUGAAUUGCUUUAUUAAAAAUAGAUGAUCCAUUCUAAAGAGUCAAAUCAAAGCUUUUGCUAAUGCCAGAGCAGUAGCCCACUGCAUGGCCUGGUGGUUCAAAAAUGUACAUCUGGGUGUUUUCAGAAGAUCUGUACUGAUUUAUGUCCAUGUACCUUUACAACAACAUGCACACUUUGCCUUGAAAUUCACAAUAUUACUUAUAAUAUUAGUUAUACAAGGUUAUAAGUGAAUUUCAAAUAUAUAUACAGAGUAGGCAAACUGAAAGCACAGCUUGCUGAGGAUUUUUUUCCCAGUUUAGCUGUUUUUACCUUAAAUUUAAAAUUGACUUUGAGUUUACUUUAAAUUCGCACUUUAUUGAAUAACCUUGAUAAUAUUGAUUAUGGAGAUAUAAGUUACUCUUUGAAGUUUUUGUAAAGGAAAUUUGAUGUAUUUCGGAGAGAGUUAAAGGUAGAGAAUAUAUAAGGGCCAUUUUAUAUGUUUUUUCAAGUUUAUUUUCCUAUUGUUGUCUCAGUAACAAUAACAUUUAAUUUUCUUUUGGUCAGGGAGUUGAAAUGUCAGCCUUAUCAGCAGCUGUUAGUCACUUCCUGAAUUGCUUUUUGAGCUCAUAUCCUAACCCUGUGGCUCACCUACCUCCGGAUGAGCUACUGUCCCGGAAACGAAAGGGCAAGAGGAAGAUUCGUCCACUUGAGAAUGGAGACAGUACAGCAUGGACCACUAUGACUCCAGCAGAUCUCUGGAAACAAAUUGUUCAGAAGACCAAAGAGAGCUUUGAUUUCACUCUGCCAUGGUAUGAGUCCAUUCUCUAUCUACAUAUAAAGAAAUACAAAACAUCACAUCUGAUUGAAAAGGUUCCUCCACUAGGACUGGGCUGUAGUUACAUUAUUAUAAUUGUCAGAAUUAUCAUUUUAUGUAUUCAUUUGAGAAAAGCAUGUUAAUUAUGUUUUAGUAAAUAGGGUUACAAAGUUUGAUGCAAACUAAACUAAAAGUUUUUUAGCGCUAGUUAACUUGAACAAUUCUGGGGCGUUGUAUUACUUCCUCUUCUUCCUACAGCUUCUUAGUCAAAUGGGACUUAACUCAAGAUGUGUUGAUAGUUAUUUAUUUAUUUGACAUUGUCCUUUAUCGAAAUAGUUUCCCUUUAUUGGCAUUGUCCUUUACUUAGCGAUGUUCUACUUUUACUAUUCUAAUAUACUAUUGCAUCUCUGUAUUUCAGUGACUCUGUAGAUCAGCUUGUCGAGAACUUUCAUCUGCAGAAGGUGUCUCUUCUACGAGAAUUCUGUGUGAAAACCGGAAUACAGGUAAUGUAAACUUUAAGGUGCUUCGUAAAUCAAGAAAGCUAGAGUAGAGAAUGAAAAAAGUGUUCAAGUUACACAAACCAGAGGGAAACUGUGCAAAGUGUGAGAUGGUUGCAACUCAAAAUAAAGGUUUCAGCUUAAAUUACAUUUGUGGAGGAAAAAAAAUGAACAUUUGUACAUAAGGUAGGAUGAUUAGUAUGUGCUCAUUUUGGCUUUGGAAACUGAUAAUGAUAAACUGAAAUGCAUGUUUUGUUAUUUUUUUUUAACUAAAAAAAAUAAAAACCUUACACAUUCAACACAAAAAAACUAAUGUUUUAUCAAAAAUACUUGUUUUUAAAAUUAUCAUUUGUUGAGUAUUCAGUAUAAUAAGACUGUAAAAGUAUAACAGUAUGAGACAUUUAGUAAUAGUUUCCUGACAAUCAGGAAUGCUAAGGGUAAAAUAUGCAGAAUCCACAAAAUGGAUUCUCUUUACUUACAUCACCUUACCCUACGUUCUGUAUAUCAGCAUUUUUGAACUUCAUGAGUACGGCAAAACUGAAACAACUGAAUAUUGCUCAUGGUAAAAUAGGAUGAUAAAUCUUAUUUCCCUUACCUACGAUAAAAUUGCCGCAGAUACAUUUUUCGUUAGAACGGCCUACAGGAAGUUCAGAAAAUAAGUAUGAAAAGUAAUGAGAAGUCUAAAGAGAAAAAAAUAUAUUUGGAGAAUAUAUCUAAAAUGGCCAGUCAUGGGAAAUAAACAACAACAAAAUAAUAAAGCAAUAAAGAGUUAGACAUACAUGAUUGACAGAUUUAAUAAUCCUUAUAAAUCAGCUUGGUGCUGUAGUCAGCAAAGAACAUUGGAAGCUAUGUGAAGCAAAGAGCUGAGUGAAGUUGCUAAUCUGUGAAAUAUAAACAGAAAGAAUUAAUUAAAAAUGCAAUCAGAGAAUAAUUAUCAAAAUAACACUACAUAGUGCAAAAUACAGAACCCUGAGAAUAGCACUUUCUCUCUUCUUAGUUUUGUACUACGUUGCUGUUCAUGGGGGUAGAAAAGGCCUUGAUUACUAUCGAACUUGCUACAUAUUUCAUGAUCUAGCGUGCCAGAUAUCUUAUACAUCCCAUAGGUACCUACUCUGGAAUACACAAAGACUCUAUCUUACACCCUACUUUCCUACUCUGUGGUCCCUCAGGAAUUUUAGUGUGUGUAUGAGUGUAUAGUGUAGUAGCACACAUUACAUUGUGGAUUUUAGUAAUACUAAGAUUAAGCACAUGUAUAUAUAAUUUGAGGUAAUUUCCCAAUAAACUAGAAGGUAAUCAGCAUCGAAUGCCUUGCCGUGUCCCUAAUUAUAUUUACAGACAUUCCUCAUUUAUGAUACUUAUUUCAUGUACUUAAAGUGAUGAAAUCUGGUUUGCAAUCUUUGUUUCCUGAACAUCUCUGUAUUUAAAAUGUAUUUGCAUUCUGAUAUACAAUUGGUACCUGGUUGUAGUAUUAAUCUAACUUCAAGAACUAGAGGCAAACCCCUAGUACAGGAAUAUCUGUAAAGGAAUUGGUCCUUUGAAUAUAUUUUAACCUUUUUAUUGCUUUCAUAUUCAGCUUUUGUGUUGGUACUGCUUUUUAUAAGCCAAUUACCUGUGUAUUAUAGUAAGAAGCCAAAAGGUGUGCUUCACACACGCCAAUAUAGAACGAAAGAAGCAUCAAAGAAGUAAUGUAGUUAAAUAAUCAUGUAUUGAAAGUCUUAGAACACACAGGUGGAGAGGACAUGGUAAACAGAAGAGAAACCUGCAUUUACGUCACCAUAUUUUACGUGAACAAAUAGCAUAUUUUAUCUCAUAGUAAAUAAGUUUUAAAAAUAAUCAGACUCAGCCUUUAUUUCUUCAUGCUGAAGAUACUUAUAAUUAUUCCUUUAACCAGAAUUCGACAUCCUCCUUCUCACUUGUUCUUAUGAACCUAUCAGUUGAUGUCAGCAGAUUAAGAUAUGUUAAUGAGAAGAAAUAAUAUGUAAAUAGAGUUCAGUUGUAUAUUUAGUAUAUAGAACGUUUGUAAAGCUGUAAGUCUUCUAUAUCAAACUCAGGGACUACAUGUCAGCUGGCCAAAACAUCUAGUGCAGCAGAAGAGCUUAAGUCUGAAAAUCUUGGCACGAAAGUGUGUAAUAUCUCAAUAUACCACAUAGAAUAGCAUAGGGCCCAGUCACAGAUUUCACUGCAUGUUAUCAUCCAUCAGCACAUUUCACAAAAUGUUACUGCAGUAACGUGAUAAAAUGUUCUUUUCAUUUUUUUCUCCUCAGAUUUUGCUGCGUGAAUAUAACUUUGAAAGUCGCCAUAAACCAGCUCUGACAGAGGAAGACAUUCUAAAUAUGUUUCCAGUUGUCAAACACAUAAACAUCAAAGCCAAAGUUGCAAAUGAACUGCUCAGUAAAGCCCAAAUCACCAUCCAGCAAGGUAGGAGUCACCAUGCAUAUGUAGUAAGAAUAGUCAGAAAGUAAGAGGAAUCAGUCAUUGUACUGAUGGAACAGGUAGGCGCUACAAGAUACCAGUCAAUGAACAAAUGCAACAAUUAGGAACUAUGAGAUACUAUUAAUAGUACAGGCGCAAUAGGUAUGAGCUUUAAAGGACCACUCUAGGCACCCAGACCACUUCAGCUUAAUGGUCCCUCUAGGAUUAACCCCUUUUUUUAUAAACAUAGCAGUUUCAGAAAACUGCUAUGUUUAUAUUAGGGUUAAUCCAGCCUCCAAAUCCUCUAGUGGCUGUCUCAUUGACAGCCGCUAGAGGCGUUUACGUGCUUCUCACUGUGAAAAUCACAGUGAGAAGACGCAAGCGUCCAUAGGAAAGCAUUAUGAAUGCUUUCCUAUGAGACUGGCUGAAUGCGCAUGCAGCUCCUGCCGCGCAUGCGCAUUCAGCCUAAGGGGAGGAGAAGAGGCGGAGAGGAGGAGGAGAGCUCCCCGCCCGGCGCUGGAAAAAAGGUAAGUUUUAACCCUUUCCUCGCCAACCAGCCCGGCGGGAGGGGAACCCUGAGGGUGGGGGCACCCUCAGGGCACUAUAGUGCCAGGAAAACGAGUAUGUUUUCCUAGCACUAUAGUGGUCCUUUAAGAUAAAAGUCAGUGUACAGAUGGAACGAGUAGGAGAUAAAAGUUACCAGUCGUUUUACAUAUUGAAUAGGUCAGACCUAGGAGAUGCCUUUGCAAAUUUGAGGUUAGAUACUGUGCAUUGGCAAAUAUGUUUACUAGUAUUUUGUUUUGUUUGCUUUUUGUUCAUUAAGAAAUCUAAAUAUAGGUUAGUGUGAGCGCUCCUAUAGAUACACAGUGAUCAUAUUAAACACAACAAUAUUGUAAUGUUUAAAUACAAGAAAAAAAACACAGACAAGAGACAACUCGGCCUUAAAAGGAUCAAUAAAAUGCUGUAUCGGUAAUACAGGCAAUCAAAGGAACAUCUCUAAUUGCAAUGCCGUGAAAAAACAACUGCAAUAAAGAUGUAACAAAUGUCUAAUAAAACUGUCAGAGUGUAACAAACCACUGAGACAAUUGCUCUAAACUGUAACUCUCACCCACAAUGGGGUAGUAUUACCUAAACAGUGAAGGAACACAGUGUGCAUAAAACCUAAAAACAGUGUAAUACAGGAAUAUAACACAGCUAAAAGAAGACACCUGAACCUGCAGAAAAAUGAUUUAAAAAAAAUAUAGUCAGUGGCAAAAAUCUGUACUUAUCCGUGGGGGGCCCUUCCACAUGUCCAAAAUGAUGCUGUAGCCUAGAUUGAUGACGUGUAGAGAUUUUCCCAAUGGUAAAGUAUCCAGCGAGCUCAACCCUUACCCUUAGCUUCAGUAACAGUGCACUAAUGUAGUAAGGAGUCCAGUAUAGGACAACACGCCACGCAGCUGCACAAACCUGGAGCAGAGGAGCACACAAAGCUGGAGUAGCAUGGUGAGCCGCGGCCAGUAACUUAAAGAAAGGCCGUGGUCACCUUAAAGGAGCAGUGUCAAAUGUCUGGAAUCUGUAAAAACAGAACCAGAGCGUCUACAUGUUUGUCUCCUCUCAAGACUUUAUCAAGACUUUUUUUUUAUUAAAUCUAACUUUAUCUGACUUAAAUGUUAUCUAUAUUGUAGAAAACAUAAACAAAAAAGCAAAGCAUCACAUUUACAUAAAAAAUACAAACAAAACUUUAUAAUCACUUUCUGCAUUGCAGAUUUACAUUAUGUGUUCAUGACUGUUCCCUAGAUUCCAUUCAAAAAGAAAAAUUUCUGUGGGGCCUUAGACUCAGAACAUCAUAGGCACCACAACUCAGUCUUGGGCAAUUAUGACCACUGAGGUUUUUAUUCUGUCAACAAAGUAACAUCCAUGUAUUCCUUACAGGUGGUCUAAAAGAAGGCGUGGUCUUACUGAAUGAGGCACUGGUGCAGUUUAACAGUGUGUAUGGGGCUGUGCAUCCAGAGAUUGCAUUAUGCUUGCGUCUGCUUGCCAGAAUUAAGUUCAUACUGGGUGAUAUUGCUGAGGUGAGAACCCUGCUUACCAAGAGUAGGUGUGCCAUGAAAAUGUUCAUGCAUUUCAUAUGGAUGCAUACUAAUAGGUUAUGGAGUAUGGGGGGAAAUUGCCUCACUGUUCAGAUUUAGACUUAUAACAAAAAAUGCUAAAUAAUAUUAACACUGAAGCAAACUGAACUCUGAAUUUGUGUUUUUUUUUAAUUUUAUAUAUUUAAGUUGUUUAAUGUUAUAAACAUUGCUAUGUUUAUUGUAUGUCUUUACUGCAUCCAUUACAUGCUGCAAUUGUGCUUGUUUGUUUAGUAUAUUUUUUAUUGUGUAGACACGUGAAUGUUAAAUGAUACAGUCACUGUAAUCGUAUCCAAGCUAAUAUUUGAAAUUAUAUAGUAAAUCAAGGACACAGCGUGGACAGGAUUUGGAAGACACCUAUAUAAUAUUUUAUACAUAAUAUAUAUAUACAUAUAUAGAAAAAAUAAAAAAUUUAAAACGAUGACAGUUCCUGAAUGGAACUGAAACGUUGACUAUUUAACCUUUUUAGUAAAAGAAGUUCCUAAGAAAGCUACCUGGGAGUGCUGUUUUUUUUUUUUUUUUAUUUCUUUAUACACAUAUAUAUUAAUGUAUAAUAAUGUAUAGGCUUUUAAAAACUCAAUAAGUAUGCUUUGAAAAUCCAUUACACAGAAUGAGAAUGUUUCAUCAAAUCAUGUCUGACAUGCAAAUUACUUUUUGAUUACCAGGCUCUAGAUAACCAGCAAAAAGCUGUGAUAAUGAUAGAGAGGACUUUGGGAUAUGACAACUCCAACACUGUUCAGGAUUAUGUAAGUAAAUACUGUUGGAUAUUGUUCAUUUGUCAUAUACAAUAAGUUUAACAGACUGGACAGUAAGUGGAACUAUACUAAGGGUAGUGGGCUACAGUUUGUCCUAUUUCUUUGUGAUUCUGUGAUUAACUGACAUUAUUACAGUUUGCUCUGUUUUAAUCUAACGCCUGUCUUUACCAAUAAUUUUUAAUGCAGUGCAGUCAUUUUAACUAGUAUUAUUUCAGUAAACAUAUGUAAUGGGUUACGACCGCCCACUUACCUGUUCAAUCCACAGAGUAACAAAACACAAGGAUGGCCACUCAUUGAGUCUGACACAUGAGUGACCAUCCUUUAGUGUGGAAAAAACAGUGCCCCAUCAGCGUAUGCUAGUUGUGCCUGCAGAGAUAGCAGGUAUAAUAACAUAUCACAAAAUCAGUAAAAUUCUAAAUCGGCGGAUGAGGUUUGACCACCAUGAGACGUACCAUAGUGCCAUACUCCUCAGCAGAGUUUCUAAAUUUGUUUUAAAUGGUGGGUUUUCCUACUAAAGUCCUAGUCCUAGUCCCAGAAUUAAUUUAUUGCUCUGGAUACCUACCUUGUACCACAUUGCAGAUGCGAUGGUGGCACUUGAGGCCUUCUUUUUGCUUUUGAUGUGGUCGGCAGCCACCCUAAGCAGGUUAGAUGCCAUAUUUGAGAGAUUCUUCAGCCAGAUUUUGAAUAGACGUGGGAGAUCAGAGACAAUGCCAUCUAAUCGGUCAUGGAUUACCGUUCUUCAUCACACCAACAGGGACUGACACAAAAUGACUGUAAAAACACUUUUUAAAUGAAAAACCAAAAAGCGAACUUUGACUAGCAAUUGACUCACAGUGCAAAUCUGAGAAAAUUUAUGUAUAAUCAGGACAGAUAAAUCAUAGCAAUAGAAACUGAAGGUAAACAUUUAUAUAAACUUACCAUAAAUAAUGAAUAUGCUAAGACAGUCAAAGUCAUUGCUGCAAUAGGUGUGUUCCCAUGUGCACAUCUCAUUGCAACACGAAAAACAAAAAGACAUAUUACACACAGCACGCAUUUGUAACCUUCACCAACAGCAAGUUGUAGGAGAAACCGAAUGUGGAAUAAGAGAAUAAGGCAUUAUAUACAUCAGUCAUUUCUACCAUACCCUCUUGACCCUUUUUACAUCUCAGCUAGUCCUGUUGCUUGCUUGUAGUUUAAUUCAAUGAAACUGAAUGCAAGGGGCAGGCAAUUACCCAGAGCAGCUGCCUUGCAAAUACUUCACAAUGAACUGUAAUACAAGUCAUUGAGAACACCUUAAUUGGACGGCAAACAAAAAGUCUGUCCUGAAGAAGGAGGGGGCUAAGAGUUUCUGCACGUACUAGAUCUGCAGCUAUUGCAAGCCAGGACUUCAGAAAUUCCCCAAAGACAACAUACAAAACUAAUUAUAUGCAUAUUUUCUUCUGGGUUCUAGCUACCUAGUUGUUAUUCAUAUUUAAUGGCAUGUUUCGAAAAAAACUAAAGAAAAAAAGUUACCUGUAUAUAGAUUGUAGUAUUUCUUUAAAAAAAAAACAAAAAAAAAAACAACAAACAGAAUAUGAAUAAAUUGCGACUUUUAAAGCUUUACAGGUACCUUUUUUAUACUCUAUGUUUACAGACUCAAACCUACUCUGUUUGUGAGUAUAGUUAAUUCAUAAAAACCCACUAUAAAAUUGGAAAUUUCUCUGAACAAGUAUAAACUUUUAAAGGAUUGUUCCUGUUGGUUUUGUCUUUGCUAGGCAAUCUAACUAAUAUUUUGGUUCAUUAGGUCCUCCUUUCCCUGUACUGCUUUGCCAGUGGACAGCUGCCAGUCGCUUUGAAACUAUUGUACCGUGCUCGCUACUUGAUGCUGUUAAUAGCAGGAGAAGAUCACCCGACCAUGGCUACAUUAGAUGUAAGUUAAUCACUUCUGAAAGCCAGGAUAUACUUAAUUUAUUGUUUUAAACCUGAGACUCAUUGCAGUAAUAAUGCCAAUUAAGUAUAAUAAGAACAGGCAAUUUAGAUUCUGUUCACUAAAUUAACUAUUGCUUUUUAUCAGAAUUUUACUGACAUUAAUGAAUUAAAUUUGGGCAGGACAUUAGUAUGGGUUAAACAACAGGCAUACAUAAAUCAGCUUUUAGUUAAUGGAAACGCAAACAUUACAUUUUGCCUUCAAAUCUGCAUGUCAGUUUACACUAUCAGACUACAAUUUAUUAAUUUGUAUUCAUUGUAAUGGUUUUAUAAGAGCAUGUCAAGCAUCAGUCUGUUGUAGUUGUUAUGGUGCCAGGAGUGCUCUGGUGCCCUCCCAUAGUAAGUCAAACCAGUUAAACAUGGUGUGUUCUGAAUCUCUCUCAGUGAGCCAGCCCUGCAAGGCUCAGCUCAGUGCUGCUAAAGGAAACUCCUUAACAGGAGCUUCUGGCUCAAAAACAGGUGGGUGCCAGACAGAUCUCAGGUAAAUUGUCAUCAUUUUUAAAACUGUUUGAUUACUUACUGUGGUAAGGCGUUGGGACACUCCUGGUUCCAAAACAGUGCCUGUGGGCUGUACAGGUUAUAAUUAUUGGAGUGUUCCUUUGAAACCAUUGCAAUAAAUUAAAAAUUACCAUAUUGUGGUCAAAUAGUAAAGCUGAUUGAAAGCAAAUUGAUAAAACACACCAGUAAGAAGCUUAAUUAGAUUUACUACUUUUCCCUAGGGCAAAACUGUGCUUCAUAAAAUAUCUUUUUUAACAGGAAAUCUUUGUGAUAUCUAUCCAAUUGGAUCUUUACUAAGACAAACCAGGUAGCCCCAUUUACUGUACAUAUUGGAAAUAUAUUCAAUAUUCAGUUUAUUCAGACAUCUCCCUUUCUAAAUAUAUCUUUACACACAAAUACCUGUUGAACCAAUUUUUUUAAGAAUUAUGAAAAUGUUUACUAUGACUAGUUUGAAAUAAUAAACCAAUUCAUGAAACAGUUGUAUCGAUAAAGAUAGAUUAAAUCGUGACACGUUACAAGGAUCUCAGCAUUAACACACGUCCCAUGUCAGGCAUAUUUCACUGCCUAUUGGACAUCCAAACCUAAUAUGACUAUGAAUAGGAACACAGAAUAUGUAAUAUUCUACAUUUUCCAUUCUUUUCCUGGCAGAGCAAUAUUGGCAUAGUUCUUCAAGCUGUCCUCGAGUGUGACUUAUCAUUGAGAUUUCUUGAGAACGCUUUGGCCAUCAACAAGAAGUAUUAUGGAAGCAAAUCACUGGAUGUUGCCCUAAGGUAAUCAUCAUAUAUGUAUGUAUAUAUAUAUAUCUACUAUUUCUCAUACACUUGCACAUUUCCAGUGUAGUGUAACCUUAUUUACACGAGGCAUUGGAAAAACUUAAAGGAACACCAAAGAUUAAAAAUGUGUAUUCCUAACGGUGUAGCGUCCUACUUACUGUUUAGGUGACCCCCUGUAAGUGUCAGUAUGGCUGUUUCUCCCACUCUGUAUGCAGUCGUCUAGAUCAUAAAUCAUGGUGAUCUCACCCAAUCAAAUGAUUUCCCUUUGGAAAGCAUUGGGAGACACGUGCGCAUACACUGCAAUAGUCGUUCUGAGACCAUCUGCUUAAAAUAAAUUGAGUAUCACUUGGCUAUUUUGGUGGAAGAGCGAAAGCCACUCGAGGCAUUUAAACCCUGCAAUGUAAACAUUGUAAACAUUGACGUUCCUGCAAAAUGCUAAUGUUUUCACUCGCAGGGUUAAAACUACAGCGACAUGACACCCAGACCACUUACUUGAGAUGAAGUAUAACACAGAAAUAAAGAUGCUCAGUCCAAAGUUUGAUCUGUAUUUAAAUCACUGUUAGAAAUCGUGACAAGUAAAUACCUACCUAGGGGACUGGAAAUUGUUACAGUGUGGUUCAAUGAAAGAAAGUUUAAUAAGGCCAUGUUUUUUGAAGGUCAUUGGCCUCAGAUGGUUUUGACAUGCUAUCAAACUAGCCAAUUAGCCAUGGUUACAAAUGUCAAGAUGGUUAGUGGCUAAUGCAUUAACUUAUAAAUUCAAGACUUCAUCCUUUGAGGUUCAUCAUUUUGUGCUCGAUAGCCAAUUAUAGAUCUCAGUAGCAUUAAAGCUGUUGACAGUGACAGAACAAGGAUGAUUGUGUAAAGAUGUAACAAAAUCAAGAUGAGGUUUUUAUUUUCUUAUUCCCCAGUGCAUAAUCUCAGCAUUUCUUGUGUAAACCUUUUUUCACUGUUAAUCUCAAAGUAUGCCAUUAGUAUUUGCACAGGAAACAGCAAACACUCUGUGACCAAUUAUUUUAUUCAUUUUAUGGUGCACAUUUUUAGUGAAUUCUUUUUGUGCCUGUUGAAUAGGAACAUUAUUUGGCACCAGAAUGUGAAACAUUUGUUCAAAAAUGGCUACAUUACACUAGGUCAUAUUUCUUUCCUCGAACAUAAUCAUAAAAGCCUUUGUCGAAACAUACAAAACUUAGAAACUAGAAUGACAGGAAUAAACUGAGAAGAAAAAAUUACCUACUUUGAAAUUUUUUUUUUCCAGCAAUGCUUUUCUUUUUAUUUUCAGAUAUUAAAUUCUAUCUUCUUAAACAUUUUAACCCAAUUUAUUAAGAGCAUAUUAAAAUUAGUGGUUUGGUAUAAUUCCAAGAACAACGGGGGAGUGUAUCAAAGCUGUAAAAGAGUAAUCACCACGGUAAUUGCCUUACUUUUACAACUUUGCAUCACUUUUAAAAUCACAGCACAUAUGCAAACGUAGUCAUUGCUGUCUCUAUUUGCACGUGUAUUUUUUAUAUUAUUGUUGAAGGUACCCACUUAAGUCUUAAAGGGACACUAUAGUCACCAGAACAACUACAGCUUAUUGAAUUUCUUCUGGUCACCUUCAGGCUUUUUGCUGUAAACACUGUCUUUUCAGAGAAAAUGCAGUGUUUACAUUACAGCCUAGUGAUAACUUCACUGGCCACUCCUCAGAUAGCUGUUAGAGACCCUUCCUGGGUCAUGGCUGCCUAAAAUGCAUCCAAACAUUCAGUAUCUCCUCCCUCAGCAUGCAGACACUGAACUUUCCUCAUAGAGAUUCAUUGAUUCAAUUCAUCUCUAUGAGGAGAUGCUGAUUGGCCAGGGCUGUGUUUGAAUCAUGCUGGCUCUGCCCCUGUUCUUCCUCUUUGUCAGUCUCAGCCAAUCCUUUGGAGAAGCAUUGUGAUUGGAACAGGCUACCACUUCUGAUGAUGUCAUCAGACAGCUUAUUUUUUUCUGAGACAAACAGCAUGCAGAUCUACAGCUUCAAGCUUGAAUACAGUAAGAUUUUGCUAUAUUUAUGGAGGCAUGAGGAGCCCUGGGGGGCUAGAUGGUGGUUUUAACACUAUAGGAUCAGGGAUACAUGUUUAUAUUAAUAAUGAUAUGGGUUUAGUUCCUAUGUAUCUGUCUAUUGGUUGUUGAGGAGACUUGGCCUUGGAUUCUUAUAGAAUUAUGAUCAACUAGAUGCAGGUUCUGCAAUCCCAGUAUAAGCUUUCCAUACUAGUCAGUGUGCAAACAUCAACAAUAAUGAAAGCUUCAAAGUAAUUAUUUAUACUGAUAUCCAACCCUGUGUUUUAUUUGAAUAAAACCAGCAGGUAAUUUAAUUGGAUCUAUUACCUUUAUGCAGCAUUGUUUAAACAAAUAUGACUGGAGCAAUUUUCUAAAUACUGAAACAUACCGUAUAUGAAAUAUAUUUUUUACAAUAUAUUUAAGCUAGCAACAGGAACUGUAAUUAGUGCAGGGGAGGCAUUGAAAUCAUUCAACUACAUUGCAUUGUAUGUUUUUUUUCUACUUUUACCAACACCAGGCUAGUCUGUUUUCAAUUAUAUCCUAGCUUAAAAUAUACUGUUUAAAUAUUUUAUUAUAAUAAAGAAAUGAUUAACAGCUGGAGAAUUUAUAACUUUCAAUAUCUUUGAUGUAAAGGAAUUAUAUAGUGAAAGGCAGCGGUUCCCAAGCUGUAUGCCAGCUGAAGUGGUCUGGGUGCCAGUAGAGUCCCUUUAAUCACCACUUAUUGUAGCAACAAGUGAUAAAAAUGUAGGAAUUAUUAACUAAACAGUGAAUUGCGGUGACCUGGAAACUUAGGGCAUUAUAUAUUAUAAAAAAGCUGUGUGUUCACUUUAGGCUGGUUUUCUUGAACUUUUCCUUCAUGUGCCUAUUUAUUUCCUUAUUUGUGACAAAAUAUUCCUUACUGCGCCUCUUUUGUCACUUUAUUCUCCAUUUUGGUUCUUUUUUUCCCACUUUUUCCGUAAUGCAACAAAAUAAUCCGUCUUUUCACCACUUUUUAUUCCUGUUUAGAUAUUUUGCUUAUUUGUUGCUGAUGGUUUUAUCAAUGAUUAAAUACAUUCACAAAAUAAGAUAAGUGAGUAAUGCUUACUUGUCCAAAAUGUUUGGAAGGAAAAGGUGCAUCUUUGUACCUAUUUUUAUACAUUGGAAGCGACAAAUUAAUAAUCCAAAAAAGAAACAAAAUAGAAAAUCGAAGUGAGAGAGUGGCACAGUAAGGAAUAUCAUGGUGCAAAUAAGUGAAUAAAAAGAUGCAACUAUUAAAACAAACCUCCUAUGUUUAUUUUGUGAAACUGAAAUAAAGUGUAUGCUGAUUUUUGGCUUUAAAAGUGAAGUGUUACACAGUGCUACCAUAGAGCUACCCAAAUGAUGUACUCUCACUUUAAAUGCACAAAACAAAAACUACUUACUAACAUAAAAAGGUACAGUCAUUUUUAUUCAUUUAGUUUUCCUGUCCUUAUGCCCUCUGUAUAUUAAUGAUUAUACUCUUCCUCUUUAAAAUCUGUGUUUAUUAUUUUUUUCUUCCUUUCACUGGAUUGUAAUAUCUGAAUGACACCAUUGUAUACUUGUCCCAUGAUGUCUGCAGUUUGCCCUAUUGGAGUUCCAUUUAGAGGGCUUUGGGAUCAUGUAUAAAUCUAGAUAUAUAUAUAUUUAUAUAUGUGUGUGUGUCUCUGUUAUUACCAUUUGUUAGUUCUAUAUCCAUGCAUGUUGCAGCUGUUUCUGUUACCACUUGCUUGCAGCCUAAAUGAUCUUGUUACAUGGGUAUCACCUAACUACUGACUGUUUGACCCCUUGUAGCCAUCACUUGAUAGCCCUGGUUCACACAACUAAAGCAGAAUUCAGAACAGCAAUGCAACAUGAAAAAGAAACCUAUACAAUAUACAAAUUACUGGUGAGUAACUUUAUUGGCCACCUUUAUUUUUGGAAAAAUUCUAUUGUGGAUCCUAGAUUGAAAAGUUCCAAGAACAUCUGGAAAUUGAGAUGGUUCCAUAUCAGUUACUAAAAAAUAUAUUUUAUGUACAUGUUUAUAUUCCAUCUCUUCAGCAGCACAGAAACUAGUAAAUCUUUGCUUUGAAACAUUAAACAAUUUGGAAGUCAAAGAGCCUGUAACCCUGUAAGAUGUCUAAUGUUACCAUUACUACCAUUACAUAAUAGGUCAAUAGGUCUGCCUCUGCUUACCCUACCCCUAAGCAGUCAUGAUAUCUUACAGUGUCAGGAGUUUAGGUUUAAGAAAGUCACAUGCCAAUCAUUUCAGUAUCUACACAAGUGCUAGACUUAAAGGGUUACUCCAAUCAGUAUGACCACUUCAGUGGUCAUGGUGAUAGAAGUCUAGAUGUCAGUAUUACAGCUUGAAAUGCUGCACAUACAGAAAUGUCAUCACUUUUGUGCCGGGGAUAGUUACACCCCUGCAAACGUGACAUAGGCAGCCAGGAGCACUGUUCCAGGUUGCCUAAUAUCAAUUAUGUGCAAAAAUGACAUCUGCCAAACUCAGGCAGCUUGCUCUUCCAUCCCACCUCCCUCCGUAGGUUUUUUUUAAUUUCCUUCUCACGCACUCCCUCCGGGAGCCGGCAAAACUGUCCAAUCAAAUCAUUCUCUAUGAAAAGCCUUUGAUUGGACAGUGUGGGGCUCUUGGUGAUGUCAGAAGAGGCGUGGAAGGCAUCACUGGGAGCUAAAUUACUAUAUCUGAGGGGGUCUAAUAAAUAGUGACCAUUAAGGCAUAUUACCUUAAAACAAAUAUGUAUAUAUAUAUAUACAUAUAUAUAUAUCUCAAAAAGGGUUGCAGUAAUAAGCCUUUAACAUUCUGUAUUCCCAUGUUAGCUUGGUGAUUCCCACGAACGUACAAAGGAGAGCUCCACAUUCCUGAAACAUGUCACACAACAAGCAGUAAAUCUGCAGAGAACAAUGAAUGAGAUCUACAAGAAUGGAUCCCUUGCCUCAUUAUCUCAUGUCCAGGUAAUCCAAAUCAUUUAAAAAACAAAACAAAAAAACAACAACAUUUAAAAGAAAUAUGAUAUAGAAUUAUUUACAGUAGUUAUACUGUGCCUGUUUUCUUUUCAAUACAUAAUAUAAUUUUUUUUUGUGUGCUAUAGGAAAACUUAGUAUAUAUUCUUUGGUUCUGCAGACCUGAAUUAAGUUGCUGUAUUAUGUGAGUGCCAAAAAAAAAAAAAGGUGCUAAUAAUAUGUCUUCCUCUAUGUAGAUUGUUCCUCCCGGGGUUGAUACAUUGUUGCAGCAUCUCAACCUUCUAAAUGGUAUAAUUCGAAUCAAUCUAAGGUAAGGUGAAAUGUGGCAUGCAACUUGGUUUAACAUAAUAAUUAUUAUAAUGGUAUAAUGGUUUUGAUGGACUUUUUGCUCAUUUGCUUUUGUAAUUGGCAGUCUUCGUGAGGUAGAGGGCAAUACCAAUUCUGCAUUAGAACAGGAUCCUGCAUUGCAGGCUACGGAGCAGUUGGAAGAUGCAGUUGAUGGACAGAUAGAGGAAACUAGUGAGGAGCCAACGAAAGGUGCUGCUGCUGCCGAAGAAUAGAAAUGGCACAGAAGAGCACAGUUGAUAAUCAGCAACAGUGGUCAUUUACCCAAUAUUUCAUAUGAGACCGUAUCUUAUCUCUUCAAUUACAGGAACUCACACUGUAUCACAAAACAUAUUUUCUCUGGACCUCUCUGAACUUAAAGUCUAUCUUGUAUGGCUCGUCAUAGCCACUUUCCGCAGAGGUAAAUCAAGAGGGACAAUCGCAUACUGUGACUUCCAUAUGCCUUUCUGUGAAUAGGUGGCUUUUUUAAAACUUUGUGAUAGGUUUUUUUGUUUUGUUUUUAUAUAUGCAGUUAUGCUGAUUAACAUGACAUACUGGGUAUUCUGGAAUACCGUAUCUUUUAUGUAGAAUAAUUAGCAUGGUGAUCAGUUACACAUUUUACAGUAAAUGUCCAUAAAUCUUGGACAAAGAUGAUGGUUACUCUGUAUGGCACUUGUCAUACUCGCACAGCUUAAAUAAUAGGAAUUUUGUACAUGUUGGAGGCAAGAUUGCAAACAAAGUUACAAAAUCAGGUUUUUUGAUCCUAUGCAUACAUGUAUAACUUAAGGGUCAUGAGCUACAUUGAGCUACAUUUUACACAAGUGCAGAAACUGCAAUCUUACAUCUAUGCUGUGAAGCGUGAUUUAACCAUUAGAAUGCUGCAGGAUAUCUAGUCGCCCACCUUCCUGAAUCCAUGAUUUUAUAAAAGAAUGUAAUAGACAAUACAGGACAACCAUACUACCUCCAUUCCUGUGCAUUUUUUUGAGCUCUUUCGGGUGUCAUUUUUUAAAUUAUUAUUAAAGCAUCAAUUUUGCAAAAUAAUCAAAAAUAUGUACUAGAAUUGAAAUGUACUAGAUUGAGUGAUAAUUCUAGUGCACAGGACCCCUUGAUCGGUUGCUGCGAUUGCGAAUCACUGUACUGGAGGGAAUAAUCGAUGAUAAGUAAAGGGCCACUUCAGUCCCUGGAAAACUUCCAUGUAUAUUAAAGCUUAAGGCAAUAUUAUGUACCUUUGCUUAAUAUGUAUGCUGGGGAUUGCUUAGUUUUUCUAGAAUGAAAGAAGAAAAUGAGUAUAUUUGCAUAUAUGGGAGCCCUGGUAAUUCUUGCAUUUAAGUCGGUGCACUUACUGCGCUUACCCAUAGUAAAGCAAUGAAUUGUAGAGUAUACACAUAUUGCAUGCAUAUUAUAUACCUCAGACAUAUGAUACGUGUUGCUUCUAUACAUUUGUAUGGGAGAGCACACAAACAUGAAUAUGUUAAGCCACUUCUUUGUUGCUGUCAAUCUGCCUAUAUAAAACAUUUUUAUAUCACUCAGUAGUAGGCAUAUCCCCAAUGACAGCAUGCAUGCAUUUAAUUAUGGAUUUUUACAUUGGGUGUAUUUCUGAAAACAGCUUGCAAAGCUGCAGAUCUCUUUUCUGAAGUCUUUCAAGCCCGCCCCUUCUUCUGCAGCACAGAUGAUCUGUGGCUGUCCAAUCACAGACUUCCCAAUGCAGCUCAAUGAGAAGUCUUUGCAUACCAAGUGCUAUUGCUGCCUUUUGAGUUUAGCUCCACUGAGCUAAACAACCAGUAAGUAACAGGACCAGUUGUCUGAUUGACAGCCAGGGGGUUUAACAAGGUUAAAUUAUAAAAGUGCCAAUUUCUAUUGAAACCUGCACUUUUUGUAAACUUAAGUGCUUAGGGCCCUGAGGUGUUCUUUUAAGGUAGAUAGUUUGUAAAGGAAACAUUUCAAGUGCAGGCUACAUUAAAAAGUACAAAUCAAGCAGUCCUGAACACACAUUUAACAUAAUAAAAUAAUGGAGGUUACCUUUUUUUGAAUGUGGAUGGUUGAAUUCCCCCUCACAGUUGCUCAAUUUCCUUUGUAAUGUUUGCUAUAUUGGGUUUUUCCAAUAAUGACUGAUAAUAUAAGACUUAUGGAUCACCUGAAUAAAAUAUUUUGUGUGGAUACAGGACUGUAAAUUCACAGCUUACAUUUUUAUCUUGACUAUCUAUAAAAGCCAAUGUUUUAAUUGCUCUACAGCUGGUAAGCACUUCAUUUGCACACACAUUGCUCACUGCCACCAUGACAAAGGAGAUUGUAAUAAAUGUUUACAUGUUAACUGAUGUAAGAGUUGCCGCUAAUGCCUCAGUCACAGGAACAAUGACAUAUUUGUAUUCAUAGAAAAUAUUUUCAUUUAGGUUGUGAUAAAUUACCUGAUCAUUUUCUAUUGUUUUUACUUUUUCUACAUUUUUUCUGCCUUUCAAGCUUUUGUGUGUUGUUUAAUAAACAUGGAAAUUCCACAGUGUUGUCCUCUCUUGUCUGGGAAGUCGUUGUAGAUUAUGUAGCGUUUCCCUUUUAUUAAAACCACAGUUGCCUCUGUACCUGAUUUAAUGAGUUAGGUUUCAGGGAGCUGUAGUUAAGGAUUCUACAGAAAAAAAGCCUAGAAUUGAACUAAUACAUCCAGAAAUUCUUACAGCACAGUGUGUUUACAGUAAAAGUUCUUAUGUCCUACUCUGUUAAACAAAC